AUGGCGGCAAUUGCAAGAUAUUCUAGAAUUUCGCUUUUUGGAGGACGCAGUAUUCUGCGACCGCUUGCUUCUUUGCCUGCGUUUGAACUUCAUAAGCAACCGAAGAAUUGUAAGUAUUAUUUCACGAACUGCGAGUGUGGCAAAAGAGUUUAACUUGAUGUUUUCCAAGCACGUUCCGGUAGAUCGAAGUCUUCUUAGCUAACUCACAAAUAAACAAUUGUUCUAACUGUGCGUCAUUUAAAACUUUCGUUUUAACAGUUUGCCAUCAAGGAUUUGCCACGAAAAUCAAAGUUGAUGGUCCUGUUGUGGAGAUGGACGGCGAUGAAAUGACUCGUGUUAUCUGGAAAAUGAUUAAGGAAAGAGUAAGCUCAAGAUAAUGCAUUCAAUAUCUUAUUCAUGUCUUAAUCUCUUGCGAAUUAUAAGCGUGCAAAAAAGGUUAACAUUAAUUUAAGGCUUCGUUUAUUAGUUCAGCAUCAUGUGCUUCCGUCGUGAAUAUCUUCCGUAAAAUAUUUACUAAGAUAUUUUUACGGUAACCAAGUGAAUUUGUAUCUCGGAAUUGGAAAAAAUACGCGGCUAACUCGUCCUGUCAUAUUUUUAAUGGACUGUAUGCACCGUCGUGGUUUAGCGUAAAUAUUGUUUUAGUUAAUAGCAUUUGACACGCAAUUUUUCCAAGUCGUACAUCUUUUGCUCCUUUCUACAUCAAGCUCCAUCAUCAUGAUCAUUAUUUACACACUUAAUAGUCAAUAAUUUUCGCUUUAAAGUUGAAUAAGAGUAAUUUUAAUUUGCGUUGUCUAUUUUUACUGUUCUUGUAAGCUUAUAUUGAAAACUGCCAUCAUUUAUAUUUAAUGGCUUCAAAUCAAAACUGGCACCAAGCUGCAAACCUAGAUCUCACUCCGGGAUGUAGUAAAUCACUUUACAAAGACAGUUAGUUUGUGGACAGGAUAGAGUUACAUGUACACAUGUUUGUUCUCAGGAUAGAUUCCCCCUCUUUAAAAAUUGUCACUCAAACAAAACAAUAUAUGUAGGAUGGAUUUAUUUGCAGCACAUAUGUACCCUGUUUCCAACAAGCUCCUAAUUACAAGCUGAGCAAUAUGUGGCUAAAAUUCAGAAAUGUUGUCGGUGACUUGUUCGUGCUCGAGCUGUAGUUUGCAUAUUUGUGAUGGCUAAAUGUACAUUGUACAUAAUUGAAGAACACCUUUGUUAUAUUGCAUUUGUUUUAACUGUAAAGAGUGAGUGAUUAAUCAACAGUGUUUCAUUUUACUUGUGGGAUUUCAGUAUGGGGUGUUGCAAGUUAUGAUUAGUGUCCGCCUACAGUAGUCCUGAGAAAUUCCAGAAAAGAGCAGUCCAAUUUGGUUUCCCUGAGGAGGUGACACCUGUUGUACGCUUUCUGGAAGCCUCAGGCAGGAGGUUUUGGAAAGGUUUCACUAGCUCCAACAAAAGCCUAUUGGCAAUUCACUUUUAAUUGUGUCAGUGGUGGGGAAUUCCUUGACCCACAGGAUGCGCACAUGCAUACAAAAAGUCAUAGUUUAUUUAGUGAUACAAGUCAUCUAGUGGCAGUAUAACGCUAAUAUGAACCUUCAAUAAUUCUGACAAAUGAAACUGUCACACCUUUUUUUGAAUACAAAUUUAACAUUAUCUAUUUUCUUGAUAUGAUCCCAAGAAUCUUGGCCAUUCGCAUGCAGCUUCAGUACAACUUGUGUUCACGACAAUCUUCCAAUUUUCAUUUUUAUGAAAUGCAUGUCAAACAUUGACGACCCAAAGAUUUCAUUUGGACAGUGCAUUACUGACAACUUUUACAGUUACAGUGUUAUCAUACUGCCUUGUUGACCCUACCUUGUUUACGUCCUUUAGCGUGGGUGCCUUUGUGCCAGAUUAAAACUUGCUCAUGUGUCCUUUAGAUUUUAAAACUCCAUUGAUUCAUCAUAUAGUGUAUAAUAAUAGGGUGAAAGCAGUGAAGAGAAAUGUUUUCUUGACCUUUUUGAUAUCCAUGUAUGUAGGCUACAAAUACCCAGUAAAUCCACUUGAGUGAAAGGUGCAAGCAUCUCAUAUUGGUGGAGUGAUGAAUAAUUACAUUUACCUUUAAAUAUCAUAAUAUCUACCCAAAUACCUCCAUGUUGAUAGGACAGUACUAGUCUGACCACACAUUUGUCCUUAUUUUUCUCUUUUUUAGCUAAUUACUCCGUACUUGGAUCUUGACAUUAAAUAUUUUGACCUUGGUCUGCCAAACCGAGACAAGACGGAUGACAAAGUGACAGUUGAGGCAGCAGAAGCCAUAAAGCAGUAUAGUGUUGGAAUCAAAUGUGCUACAAUUACCCCAGAUGAGGCAAGAGUUGAAGGUACAUGUAAUAAAAAAAACCUAUGUAGUGUUAAAAUUGCACAUGACCACAACUUUGAGAUUUGUGUUCUUUUCUUGCUGUUAUUAAGGUAAUGAUUUGUAGAGGUGUGUGUGUGAGUGUUCUGCCCACAGGCAGGUCCUUCCUUACAGUUCUCGAUCGCUAUGUAGUUCUUGGACUCUUGACCGCUACAUAAGGGCUGCCAUCCUUCACUCUAUCCUGCUUGAGGUCUUCCAGGUGGCCUUUUUGCCUAUUGUUCUCCCCUCAAUAACUAAUGAGACAAGGUCACCAUAAAGGCUCAAGGCAAAAAAGUUUGCCUUGCCACAUGUUCAGGUCAUAGACAACCAUUUUUUAUAACAUAGCGCACAUGCUUGCCCUAUAUAAGUCCUAUUGAGCCACUAUGAACAAAAUCUAUAUUUACGCCCGCCCAUGUGUAAAUACAGAUUUUUUUCAUGAAUUGAUGUGUCCAGCUGUGUUUUUUGUCUCUUUACCCUACGUACUAAGUACCCAAACAUCAACAGCAAUGAUGCAAAACUUUCUCGCAUUUUGUAAUAAUUAUUAAUAGAGCCUGAAUCGUUGAAAAGUCUGCCGUAAAGACUGACAUUCAGGUGGAAAAAGACCACAAUUUGGUCUUUGUCAGGAAAUAUCCUAAUCCAAUUUGUAUAAAGUGUCCUCUGUUUUUAAGUUUGUUUAUCCUUGACAAAACAGGUUAAUUAUAAAGUAAGCUCAAUAGCGAAAAAAAUUAUACACUUUUGUUUUCGCUGAACAAUCCGACUAAAUCAGGAAUGUUUCUCUUGCAAUAAGAAGACAAAUUACACAAGAGGACAUAAAUUUAUUAGUCACAAAAACAACUGCUGCCAGGUCUUCUCAAAAAGCCAUAAUGACGAGCCAUUGUUCGUAAAUGAAUGUAAAGCACGAUGACAGUCGCCUUCACUAAAAGAACAAGUUUUCUGGAUUUCGCCAAGCAAAACAUAAACAUCUUUUCAGCAAAUCCAAACCAUACUCCAGCCUUCUAACAAACAUGUGAGUAUAUAUUAUUUUAACUUUAGGUGGACUUUAAGACUCUUUUACCUGCGUUUCAUGUUUAGUUUCCAUUGAUCGUCAAUGAAUAAAUAAGCAAAUUUUCUUUCUCAGUUUUACAGAAAGAAUUUUCUUUAAACUGGAUGAUUGUGGCAUAUAUGUAUUUGUAACCAGCCAAUAGAAGCAUUUGUUUUUCUGUGUCACGCGUUAUGAGAAUUUUGCAGUUAAUUGAACAGCGAGCAUUUUUGUCAGCUAUGUUAUAAAAGAAUUGGCUCAUGCUUUUAGCUGUGCUCAUAUCAAGUUAUGAAUGCACUUGGGAAGUUUGGAGAGCACUCAAGAAGCUAGAGUUGCUCAAGGCAACUCUUGCGCAUCUUUCAUACUCUCCAAACUUCCUGCAUGCAUCCAUACAACUGGAUAUAAACACACUAAGCAUGAAGAAAUUCUUAAAUUUAAUACUGAGUUAAAGGUAACAAUAUUGUUGAUUAGCCCUUUUACUUGCAACAUGUGGUGAGAUUUCAUGUCAUUCAUUGCAUCUGGGUGAACAUAUGGGUCAAGUUGUAGAGGUUUAAUCUAAAUUCUCUGCAUAUGAUAGCCAUCCGUUCAGUUGAAAAAUCUGGCAGCUCGCUAUUAACAUGUUAAUGACAUAAAUGUAGGUAGUAGUUAAUUUGGUAUUGUUAGCAUAGCUACUUUUAAAAACUGUACAACUAAGGAUUAAUUUGGAUAGUUUGAUAUAAGACCUUCCUUUACAAAUAAAACAAGAAAAAUAGAGUGGUUGGUCUGAGCCAAUCAAAUGCCGUAAGAUAUAAUGAGCAAUACAAACUAUUAGCUGUGUCUGACAAACAAUGGAUCAAAUUUGUAACAGAAUUCAAGUUGAAGAAGAUGUGGCGUAGUCCUAAUGGCACAAUUCGUAACAUCUUGGGUGGCACAGUGUUCCGUGAGCCAAUCAUUUGCCAGACAGUUCCAAGGCUGGUGCCUGGAUGGGAGGAGGCCAUUGUUAUUGGUAGACAUGCACAUGGUGAUCAAGUAAGAACUACGGAACCACAGGCACCCCAAGCUCAAAGAAGCAGAUACAGCUGUAGUACACAUUUAACAUGGGUCAUGUGAUGUGUUGUCUUAUAAUCUGACAGCUUAAGAACGAAUGUCGCUAAGGAUUAAGAAAAUUGGAAAUGGGCAAACAAAACGUUCCCUCAUACUUUCUGUGUAGUUAGUACUUCAGAUGAGACUACUCACUGUGGCAUUUGUUUGACUUCUAACAAAAACAUGCACUGGGCAUCAGGGGGUAAGUUUGGGCCAAAACUUGCAUUUUUGGGGACAAAUUUCCUCCUAGAAAGUUGGAGUUUUGUUAGGUAAAUAUUUCAGAAAGGAUACUAACAGUUAAAAAACUGUUUACAUGAUAGCAAACUAUCAUCCUUCAUCUCAAUAAAAGUGUUAUCAAUUUCUCUCUAACCCCCCCCCCGACGACCCCUGUUCAUUGUCAUUUACAAGGGGUGAACAUUUUUGUUGACAAUGCUAAAAAAUAUACAUAUUUGAACACAUUUUUUUUCUUACUAGCACUCCGAUUUAGAUCAAAAUCUAAACAGGAUGUAAUAUUUCACUCUUUGUGAAUCAUUUCAUGCUAUUCAUAUAUUUUGCUAUCGUGUUAGCAGAUUUUUAACUAUUAGACUCCUUUCUGAAAUAUUUACCCAACAAAACUCCAACUGUCAAGGAGAAAAUAAUUGUCCCCAAAAAUGCAAUUUGUAACCCAAACUUCCCCCCUGAUGCCCAGUGCACGUGUUUGUUUGAAGUCAAACAUGCCACAGUGAGUAGUUUCAUCUGAAGUACUAACCGCACAAUAAGUAUGAGGGAAGGUUUUGUUUGACCAUUUCCAAUUUUGCUCAAUCCUUAGUGACAUUCAUCCUUAAUAUGAAUUUACAUGUAGAAAGGUUUUAUGUGUUAAUACAUUACCUUUAUUAAGUUAUUCAAUGAUUUCUAACCUGUGCCAUAGGAAAAUCUAGCUUGAAAACACCGUAGUCGUCAACCAUGGCCUAAUCUCCAUGGAAGAUACCAGGUGUCUAUGUGGAGCAGUGUCUUUCUCUUUUUUUCAUAAAGAACAUGUGCUACCUACAAUCGAGGACAAAAGUCCUUGGGACCACAGUAAUGCAAUAUUCAUGUUUUUCUGCAAUUCUGGGUUCCCUUAUGAAACAGUACAUCCUUUUCGAAAUGUUCUUGCAGUUCUUCUUCCCCCCUCCCUAUACAAAGUCAACAGUCUGAAAAAAUUCUGGAUACACGUGCCCAACAUUGUUCUGGGGUGAGAGGAGGGGUUGGGCCUGUGUGAAUUAGAAAACGCCCAGAAAAGCUAGUGUCCCAAGACUGAUGUAACAAACAUUGUUCAUUGGUUUCCUUCUUGUAAUAGUGUCCAAUUAACUUAUUUCAGGUUUUGUCUUUGUUACUUUUUAGUACCGUGCAAGAGAUUUUGUUGUAAAUGGGCCAGGAGUUUUUGAAAUCUCCUUUGCUCCAGCUGAUGGGAGUGGCAAGCUCACCACGGAGGUGUUUGAGUUCACUGGCACUGGUGGUGUUACCAUGGGGAUGUAUAACACUGAUGAGGUAUUUAAAAUAGCACUUCAUUGUGCUGAACUUAAGAAAUAACAAUGGUCAGGUUUAAUUCCUAUCAUUUCUUGGUACACUGUGUAAAUGUCACAGGUCAAAAUUAAAUCCAUGUUAAACAUUCUUAAACCUAUGUUGAUUCUUAGAUUCCUUUGUGCUGAUGAUAUUUGCAUUCCUAGAGGGGGCAUUUCCAAUUUCACGGUCCCCUAAUUGUGAUCUUGUGCAUUUUUGCAAGUUGUGAAAUGAAAAGGACUUGUGUAAGAUGUAUUAGUGUCAAUUUGUUUCCCCAUCAUGCUAAAUUGGUGACUCUGACUUGAUCAUGCCUAACAAAGCUAUCUAACUGACUUCAACCAAUCACGCUGUUAUGCUCAAAUUGCCAUAUUUCUGGCCGUCUGACCCCUAAGCUUAAGCUCGCUCAAGCCAAAGCAUUGUUUACCAAAGCCAACUUCAAUAAACCUCUUAACAUGGGAAUCAUAAUUAUGCCCUUCCUCCAGCAUGUGGGCUUCUCGGCUACACAUGCUUUCCAAAGGAAAUGGCUCCCUGUGGGGAUGACUGUAGGGUGAAUGACAUCCCCAAGCCAGCCGCCUACCCCACUGGCCUGCACAUCAAGGAUUUUGCCUCCAAUUUGGCGCUUAAACCAGCUUUAUCAAGAUCAACUUGGUACAUGCCUGACAGAUCCAUGUUACUGAGGACAACAUCGGCAUCAUGCCUUUUGGUUUGCGAAAUGCCUCUCACACCUUUCAGUGGUUUAUUGAUGAUGUAUGUCCUGAUCCAGACUUGGAUACAUGUACAUCUUAGUUGCUUGCUCCUCCCCAGCCCAAAACCUUCAGCACCUUCAAGCACGGUUUCAAUGCUUAUCUGACCACAGGCUUGUCAUAAACCCUACCAAAUGUGACUUUGGCAAAUCCAAACUGAACUUCUUGAGCUAUACCAUUAACACCAGUGGUAUCAGUCUUACCUUAAGCAUGUUGAGGCAGUUUGCACCUUCCUGACAGUUCCUCAGGACAUGAAGGCAUUGUACCAGUUUGUUGGCCUCAUUACUACACUGUACUACCACUGAUUUACCUUGGUGUGCUGAGGUCCUACAGCCUCUGCAACAGGCCCUGGCAGCUGACAGUUUCACCUCUUGUUAACGAGCUUCUAUCACAGGAUAAGCAUACUUUGUCUGGAGCAAUGAUGUUGUGUACCCUCGCUCCAAAGCACCUACUUGCAUCACCAUGGGGGCAUCCAACCUUGCAGUUGGAGCUGUGCUUGAACAGUUCAUUAAGGGGCAAUGGAAACCUACAUUUCAAAGAAUUUGAGUCCAGUGCAUCUUACAUUGCCUCUGAUUGUGAACUACUGGCUACUUACCUUGCUGUCUAUUAUUUCCUGUACUUCGUUGAGGGCCAAGUCUUCCUGCACGUUUGGCAGGUAGUCACUAGAUAGACUAAUUCCCUAUUCUUCUCCUAUUUAAGUGAGCCUCAAAGAGGGCCUGUCCUGCGCAUCAGUCACGUUGGUCUUCAGAGUAACAUUCUGUCUUCCUGGGGACUUCUUCUCUACCCAUGCCAUCAAGGAUGCUUUCUCAUUAUUUUUGUCUCAAGGCUGCAUUGUUCAAUGCAGCACUAAUACUUCCUUCCAAUAUGUUGGCAUGGCAACCAUGUCUUUUUCAUCCCCCCUGACCUCCAUAUUGUGCUAUUAGUGAAAGAUAAAGGCUGGAUUGGACGUUUCGAUAGUGUUGUGAUAAGUAUCUUUUCGACUAUAAUCAGCAAAAGACAAAACAUAUUAGGCUACUGUUUAAAGACAACGCUGUUAAAAGAAAAGCUUGCCCACGCUACUGGUGUACACGAGCGUAAAACGGUGCCUUCAAAUGUACACACUAUUUCGCAAUUAAGAGAAGGCACAGUUUUUGUGUCAAAGCACAGGAAAAAAACGUGCAUGGGCACAGAUUAGGAACACUGUAAUAACAGUCAAGGCACGUUAUAAAUAUUGCCAAGGCACAUUUCAUGGGCACUGUCUUGAAAAUGUUUGUAACCUGACUUGGGAAAAAGAAGAAAAUUUGGUACGAAUAACAAAAAUUAUUCGGAUAAAACACAAUACAAUACAAUCAGGAGUAUAGGAGGUGUAGGGCUUGAGCCUAGCCGCAGCAAAAGACCGGAAAAUGAAAGUAAACUGGCGCACUUUUUUAGCAACUCGUGUGCAGUUUAGGCACAGAUUAGGCAAAGUUUAAUGAUUUGAUAACCUUUGAGGGUCUUUAUUUCUCUUCUUUCCCUUAUCCCAAAUGCAUUCCUGGCUAAUACACAGUAUGGUCGUUACUGCUCCUUGUUUUUUAACAUGAUCUACAAGUGAGAGUUAAACUCAUCGCUAAUGAUGAGCUUGGGAGCAGGUGCCUUAAAGGUUAGUAGGGGCCAAAUGCAAUAAGCAGAGAGGAGGUAUCCAUGGCAACCCUGGAAGCGGGAAACACCCCAAGAGCAGCCACUAACCGGCACCGUCACACUGAAUAAAUUCAGUGGAGAUACUUACCUGAGAAAAUACUUGCCAAACCACCAGGCAGGGAGGGAGGAGAGGGAGCAAGAAUCCGCCAUGAUUCGCAAGUAGGCAAACAUUGAUCCGCUACGAUCAGCAAGAAUCCGCAAUGAUUCGCAAGAAGGCAAACAUUGAUCCGCUACGAUCAGCAGGCAAAGCUACAAAGCAAAGCAACACUAGCAAAAGGGCACACAAGGAGCCCUGCAAUUCCCCGCGGGCCGCUUCGUAGGUCACAUACUGAAGUGGGAGAAGACCGCUGACCAGCUCGCUCGAGUUUAACUUUGCCUAAAUGAUAUUUAGCCACAUUAAAACUGCCACCACGUGGCUACAGCGACCAAGUUCUGAGGCUUUGCAGGGAUCGCAUGAAGCAUGUAUUACUGCUCCGCUUUUAACUGAUAGAAUCACCAAAACAUAGGAACAUGGGGUUUUCAUACAUGUACAUCAAACGUGUGCUUUGACGUAGUAAUAAUCAUUCGUUUUCGUAUCUCCCAUAUCGUGCACAAAACCCAAGUCCAUGUACUUAUGUCCAUUAGAAAUUGGUUUGUCUGUCAUGUGUCCAAUUCCGCUUGUAAGUUCUCUGUCUUCAUCCUCUUGGUGGUCAUUUUGCUCCCCGGCAAAGAUGGCGAAGAUUCAAGGACAACGAUAAACAUAGCCGUAGUUGAAUAACCUAGGUAAGUCCUGGGAAAGAAAUGUUUUCCAACUAGUCUUCAGAAUAAGUGGAACGUCAGGCAUGGUCUCAGUACUAGUUUCAAGACUUUCAGCUUUCCUGUCUUUCAAAAUUUCCAAUCGUCUAUACUAGGAUUGAGAAUGUAAUGGUUUCCGCUCUUGAGACAGUUGUUCACAUGUGCGAGUAAGUCUUCCCUUUUUCCCGCCUGUUUGAGACCCCUACACUAAGCGGGAGUUUAAGUUGCUCAACGGUAUAGUUUGCAGAUUCGCUCUCAAACUUAGAGCUCAGAACGUCGUCGUUUUCUGUAAGAACUGUGGAUUUAGCACUCGAAGAAACCUUCACAUCUCCUGCAUUUCUCAUAUUCCUCAUACGGAAGAUCUGUUUGUUUGUCUGAGUCUUGCAGGGGGCCUAAAAAUUGACAACGUCGCUAUUUUGCGCUUUUUUCACGCAUUACGACGACUUUUUAUCGGUAUCAUGUUAUGAUAUAGCGACUUAAAGUUUUUAUAACGCUGGGGGAAAAGUUGUGAUUUUAAUACUGAAGGCUUUUCUAAGAAUAUUCAAUUAAUUCGAGGCCAUUUUCAGACGAGAAAAUUCAACUGCACUAUAGCAGAAGUCACAGAAGCGAAUUUCAAGACAAGCAGCUUGUUUGUUUACCUUUCAUCGGAGGAAAUAUUUUUUUUUGUCUACUGCCGACGACCAAACAUUUUACGUUUUCUUUUCAAAAGUACAGGAUGAGCAGGGAAUUCUGUCGUUUUGUUCACCGGAUGUUGGCCUGAGAAUCGUAAGUUUUAGGCGGCCUUUCAGGCUCCUUGUUUGGAAUUUUUGUCACCCAGGGGCAAAUCGUAGGCAGGCGCCCAUUAGGCAGCAGCCUUGGAAGGAGAGAAAUCCAACAAUACUUGAGGUUACACUGUAAAUGUUAUGAGCAUUGUUGAAAAGUGGUCCCAUUUUAAGCCAUAUUUUUUAUAUUUUCAUUACAUUUCAGUGUUAUAGCCAGAACAAAAAUAUUCAUUGGAAAGCUGUUCUUAAACUUCAGUUUCUAACCAAAUAUCAAUGCAAUCCAAGUUUUAAUAAUUUCAUAAUAGCUGUUCUGGGGCUAACUUUUCCACUGAGACUUCUCUGUAAAUCUUCCCCCCUGAAAUGCCUCGAACAAACUCGGGUUCCCUCGUUUAUUGAAAAAUUUGGUCCAACAUCUCUCCUUAUAGCAUGAAUCCAUUGCUUUUUGAUGUUUUCUUCCUCUGGGAAGCGAAAAAAAGAAAUUUUUUCACCCGUCUCCUUGUCCCGCUUGUCCUUCUUCGUACAGAGCGGCACACAGCAAUUUGUCGGCAUCUCUCAGCCUUUCCGCGCUGGAAAUCGUUAGUUAACUCAAGGAUAUCCCGUUUAAUGACUAAGAAAACGAUUUUCUGCGUAUAUCCUCCAAAAAUAUCGACGAUUUCAAGAAUAUUUUAUGAGAAAUUUUAGUCACAAAACCUAAAUAAAAUACAAGUCUGCAUUCUCUGGCAUACCAAGCCUCGCAUUCAUGCAUUCGAAACCAGGCCGUUCCGUGCGGCCUCCAUUUAUGAAUACGGUGUAUUGAUGUGAGAUUUUUAGCUGUUUACACUAGUAGAGUGCGCCAGGCCGAAAAUUGUUGACUUCUAAGGAAAUUUUUACGAUUUUUUUUUGGCUCUUCAUGAACAAAUAAAAGGAAAUAAUUUUGUAAAAGACUCUGCAGUAGCUUACAGUAGUCUUCUUUUUCUCAGUCUAUUAGAGAUUUUGCUCACAGCUGCUUUCAAUAUGCCUUGAACAAGGAGUGGCCUCUGUACAUGAGCACCAAGAACACCAUCCUUAAGAAGUAUGAUGGCCGGUUUAAGGACAUCUUUGAAGAGAUCUAUCAAAGGUACAGCUAGGCUUUUAGAUAAGAUUGUUGUAUCUAGCUCAGUCUCAGUGUAACAACCUGUUAAACUCAUGGUUGACAUAAAACAAAGAAAACAAAAAUAUCAACACAUUAGAACCUAGAAAAAUAAAAGGUGGGAAACAAAGAAAACGUUCACAAUAUUUUAUGCCGAGGUAAACCCAGAAAUCUUGUGCAAAAGUGUAAAAUACAUAUUGGGGAUUUUAUUGCUUUUAGGAGUUAUGAACAGCAGUUUAAAGAUCUUGGAAUUUGGUAUGAGCACCGGCUUAUUGAUGACAUGGUGAGUGAAUUUACUGGGUGAUAGUGAACCUGUAAAUCCUUACGCUCAGGUUGUAUGCACUUGUUGGUUCUGGUUUUCCCUAAACAACGAAAGUUUUCUUUGACUAGUAGAAUGUCAAUUAUUUAUUUCCACAUACAUGUAAUAAGUAAGUUGUUUUUCCCCCAUUCUUUAUUCCUACAGAUCUUUUUAGCUUUUCAGUGUAUUUAGUCAAAUUUGGGUUAUGGUAUGCUUUUGUAGGUGGCAUAUGCCCUGAAGUCACCUGGUGGUUUUGUUUGGGCAGCAAAAAAUUAUGAUGGAGAUGUCCAGUCUGACACUUUAGCCCAAGGUAAUAACUCGAAAAUGUUGUGCUUUUCAUGAAAUAGGUGACACUAGUUACACAACUUAAGCUGACUAGAUAAUAACAAAUAAUUUUUUGAUUAUUCUUCCAUACUGGGAUUCAGUUGCAGUGUGCAUAUGUUACAGAUCAAAUUAUAUUCAGCUUAAAAUUUUUAACCUACACCCUUUAGGUAAAUUCUUGAUAGACGUUUUUACCGAUACGGUGGCCAUAUUGAAUUAAUUCGAUUUAAGGAGUAUGCCCAGAGGGCAUGAGCACAUUUCAUUUGUAUUUUCGAGCGCUUUUCGGGACAUUUUUUCUUAAAGUUUUCUUAGAAUAAGAUUGUAAUGGGAAAAAAGAUCCUUGUGCCGUGUUUGGAUGUAAUAAUGAUCGCCUUUUUCCCGAGAAAUAUACAGUGAAAGACCAUAUUUCUAAUACUAAACUAGAAAAAGGCGAUCAUUAUUACAUCCAAACACGGCACAAGGAUCUUUUUUCCCAUUACAAUCUUAUUCUAAGAAAACUUUAAGAAAAAAUGUCCCGAAAAGCGCUCGAAAAUACGAACUAAAUGUGCUCGUGCCCCCUGGGCCUCCUGUAAUACUCCUUAAAACGAAUUAAUUCAAUAUGGCCGCCGUAUCGGUAAAAAGGUCUAUUUCCUUUGUCUUCAAGCCACAGGUCAUGAAUAAUUAGGGCUAGAAGACAAAGGAAAUAGAGAAUCAACCUACAAUCAUGGACAAACGUCUUGCGACACUUUUGCGUUUCUGGGGCGUUUUCCAAUUCACACAGGUCCAACCCCUCCCCUCACCCCACAAACAAUGUUGGACGCGUGUAUCCAGAAUUUUUUUUUACUCACUUGAUCCAGUAAGGAAAAAUUAUCUUGUUCUUCUUUCUCUCCAUUUCAAAGAGACUACUGUGACUAAAGAGCGAAAAAUUGCGUUUUUGUUGUAAAGGAUGUAUCUACAGAUAAAUUUUCUCUCACCAUCCCUACGAUGUUAAGAUGCUAUAGGAUUGUAGGUUGAAAAAUUUUAACCUGAGUUUAAUUUUGAACUGUGACACAUACAGUUAGAACCCGCGACUAAGAAACUGGUUUUUAAGAACAUGUUAGGCAAAAAUUCGCCCCCCUUUGUACAAAAAACUGCUUAGCCUAAAAUUUGAAACAGGCACUUAUUUUCUAAAAACUCCACCACAAUUCUGUGUCCUUGGGGAAAUAUGUCAACUUUCAGGAUCCUCUUUGGAGACAUAGGUGCCAUAUUACUCCAACCUAAGGAAUGAGCUGAAUACCACUUAAUACUCUGAGCUACAAUGUACUUUUUUCUUCAGAAAAUAUGAUCAUUAUUUCAAGAACCUAAAUAACCUAAAUUUGUGGUAAUUAACAUUUAUGUACUAAGCACUUGUUUCGGCUAACUUGGGAAAACGCAGGUUCUUAGUCGCUAUUGCUCCAGUGAUUAGGUGACGCUAGUUAAUUUACUGAUGUUUAUUUGUCUUAACCUCUUACUUCAAUAAACACCGUGAGAACUAAGAUAAAGGUAAGAGUAAAUUACAUAUACGAUUGUGAAAAUACUGAAAAUACUUACAUUUCAUCCGUUUUAAAAGUAACAACAAAGACAGGUAAAAACCUAAAAUUUACAAAAUAACGGUUAACGAUGUCUUGGGUAAACUUAACUUCGUCUAAAAUCUAACAGCUUGAUUUUACAUUGCAAUCAGCGAUAAAAUCGGUCUUAAAGGAUAAAAUUACAAAGCGCUUACUUAAAUAAGAAAUUUAGCGUAAAUAUUUACCUUGCUGAUGUCUUAGAAAUUGCGUUAGCGCGCGCGUGAAGAAAACAAAACAUCAUAAGAUUUCAGAUAAAAAAGAGAAGUGGGUUAAAGCAAUUAAACGCGCAGCUAAUCGCGGUAGCUACACUCCCACCAAAUUCUUUAUGAUCCUAAAAGUGACGUAAUAGUCAUGAAUAAUUUUACUCUGCGCUUCAAACAUUGCCAUUGGAAUUUGUCUUUGAUCACGCCUUCCAACAGGAGGACUACUUUUUGCACUGGUCUUUCUAUGAUAUGGGGUUUUGUGUCGUUUCCCUACUUCUGAGAAUUUCUGGAUCCAGGCUUUAUCUUCACAGAUCGAACGAGGCCUUGUUGAUCUGUUGAAGUGUCCAUGAUCUUACCAAGGGGCUACUCGUUCGGUGGAACUUCUUCUUAAACGAUUAUGAUGUCACCGAUUCUCAGAUUUCUCUUUGACUGAAACCAUUCUUGUCUUGAAUUCACGUUGAUGAAGCACUCCUUUCGCCAUCUUGUCCAAACUUGUUCUGCCAGAAACUGGACCUUUCACCAUUGUUUCCUUACUCCCCAGUGACUGGAAUAAGGAACAUUCAUAACGAUUUCGCAGCGAUUGGUUGUCAAAUGACUGAAUCUUGUCAUUAUCUAACUCCUUCAUGGCCCUUGAGAGUUCGUUCCUUCGUAAAGAACGCGGGUCCACAGUUGGACCUCAUUUGUUCUUCAGCAUUUCAUCCUCUUGAGGCGUGAUCUGCUGGAUUAUUCUUGGUGUCGAUGUGUUGCCAUUGUUUGGUGUCACUGUUGGAUCUGAUUAUCUGUACUCUGUUGGCGACAAUUCUACGGAAUCUUUUGGCGUCGUUAUUUAUGUAACCAAGUACUACUUUGGAAUCGGUCCAAAAGUAUUGCUUAAGUUUGGCAUAGUUUAAUUCUUCUUGAAGCAUCACGCCAACUUUCGCGGAAACUACUGCAGUGGUGAGCUCCAAUCUUGGUAUAGUAGUAAUCUUCAAUGGAGCGACACGGGACUUUCCCAUCACUAAUGAGACAGUCACGUUUCCGUCUUCAUCCUCCACUGUAAGGUAGGGGCAUUGUCCGUAUCUGAACGUGCUUGCGUCAGCGAAAUUGUGUACCUCGUAGCUCUUCUUUUAGCUCAUCGUCUCCGGCUCGAAGAAUCUUGGAAUUUGUAACUCCUCGAGGCGCAGCAGAUCACGUUUCCACCGCUCCCACCUUGGCCCCAAACAUCUUCAGGCAGAGGCUCAUCCCAGUUACACCUCUCCUACAUAUUUCCUGUAGUAUCUUCUUUGCUCUCAAGACCAAGGGGGCUAGAAAUCCAAGAGGAUCAUAGACAGAGGCAGGUACUCCCCUUCUAGUUAAGGGCUGGUCCUUCAGAACGAUGGAGAAACCGAAGCAGGCUAACCCCACUGACCACUGAAUACCAAGGACUCUUUCUAUAGGAAGUUCUUCUGAUGGCAGAUCCAGGAUGAUGUCUACUGCUCUCUCACUUUCUGGUGCUGAUUCGAGCACUUCACGAUCGUUUGCUAUAAAUUUGUGAAGACAAAGGCUACCUUUCUUGAAAACUUCACGAGCUCCUCCGAUCAGGUCUUUUGCUUGCUUGGCAGAUUCAAUGCUGGCUAGUCCGUCAUCUACAUAGAAUCAUGAGUAAUGAACCUUGCCGCUGAAGGGUACGCUUUUUUCUUCUUUACUAGCCAUGUGUUUGAAGCCGUAGCUGGCACAACCAGGAGAAGAUGUUGUCCCAAACAAAUGCACUUUCAUUCUGUACUCCUUGGGCUCUUGCUUGAUAUCACCGUUAGGCCACCAAAAGGAAUCGCAAAUAGUCAAGGUCAGUUUCACUUACAACAAACUGGUGAAACAUUUUCUCCACAUAGCAAGUAACAGAGCAAGGAUAUCUUCUGAAUCUGCAGAGUGCACCCUUCAAAUUGUUAGUUAGGUCAGAUCUACUGGCAGAUGAUCGUUUAAGGAAGUUCCCUUGAAUCUUACUGAGCAGUCAAAUACUGACUCUUAUCUUGUUUUUCUUUGGGUGAUAGACACCAUGAUGAGGUAUAUUCCACUUCACUCCAUUGUCUUGUAUGAGUGGUGGCGCUUCUUCAGCGUCUCCUCCGCUAAGCACUUCAUCCAUGAAUUUGAUUUAGUCUUCUUUGUACUUAAGAGUCCUUCAGGAAUUUUCGUUUGAGAUGUUCAAGACGAGUCAUCGCUAUUGAGCGAUUGUUAGGCAGUAGAGGCCACUCCUGAAAUGACAGUGGCAUUUCACAGUGUCCGUUUUCGGUCUUUCUGAUUCCCUCUUCCAUAAUCUUAAGAAAUUGCAAGUCUUCUUGAGAAGGCUUCUGAUCAUUUUUACUUUCCUUGAAGUUUGACUCGAGUAUUCGUACUAUGUCAUUCAUUGUUACAGCAGGUAGCCCCCUUACAGCAACCCUUUGGCAAAACGACCUUCCACUCUUGGCUGUUUCACCACCUACUAUGCUCCAUCCGAGAUCUGCCUUGAUAGCAUACGUCUUGUUACUCUCACCAGAAAUAACUUCUCCUGGGUUCAAUGUAUGAGAGCAGUCAUCUAACAAGCAAGCCUAUGUUACAGUCCAAUAGAUCGAGCAUUUUGUCUUCAAUUGGUCGCAGUUGACUCCAACUCUUAGCAGUGGUUGUAGUCGGUAUAUGGUCUUCAUCGGCUGGUAUCGAUGUACUCGUGUAAGCAACAGGUAUUGGAAUCUUGAGCUCAGAAUUGUAUCCUCUUACUUGAAGACCCGAGACUUCCUGGCUGUCGGCGAGUGUCUGUUUAGUAGUGAUAGUGCUCAGUCGAAACUUAGUUGGUUGUUUAUGUACGUAACGUUCAUCGUAGGUUUCUUUCAACGUAAAUGUGGAGUCAUUUUGUGUGUCUAAGAUAGCAUAUAAGAGUACUUCCUCUUCGGGUCUGUUAGAUGACGAUAGCCCGACAGGAACUAUCCUUGAGGUGCCACUUGAGACUUCUUUAGAUGUACAAUUGCAAGAAGUAGAUUUUGGAACGUUUGAUGACUCGCUGUCUACUCUUCUUUCUUCUGUCCUUCUUGUUUCUCUUCUUUCUUGAUGAAGGAAGGUGGGGUGUUUCUUAUUGCAUGUCUAACAAGUCAACUUCUUUUUGGAAUGACUGGUCAUAUGACCUUUACUUAAGCAUCCGACACACAGCUUGUUUUCCUUAACGAAUUGCAAUAUUUUCUCAAGUGUCUCAAUCUUAAACUUAAAGCAUGCAUCCAACUGAUGAUCUGUCUUCCUGCAGAAUUUACACUGCGGCUGUAGUUUCGGAGUUUCCCUUGGCUCUUUAGAAUUCUCUUCUAUCUUCUAGAUAGAAUGAACAAAGUCAUGUUACUGACAACUUUAGGUGUUGGUACUUGAUGCGUAUUGAUUGAUGCAGUUCCUACUUCUUUCGCUGCGUUACUAGCCUGCGUGGCAGGUGUUCGAAAGGGAAGGGGAAGGGAAUUAGGGAGCGAGACCGCGCGCGAGGAAGGAGGGAGGAGGGGAACGCCUGCAAGGAAGCCAUUGUUUUCGCCAUCCCGCCUACUAAUUAAAAAAUAACGCAACUGUGAAUGACUAGCUGUCAAAUAAGUCUGGCCGCGAUGCACGUAUUCUAGUCAUAUUUCUCGCACUGUUUUUCUUUUGUUUUCCUAAAACAAGAUAUCUAAAGUAAAGGUACUAAAAAAAGUUCAAAUGCAGUCGUCCAUCGAAGGAAUCUUCCUUGAAAGUUGCAACGACGCGAGCCGAGUUACAUAAAAUCCAGAAUAAAUCUAUUCAAGUUGUUUUUGAAGGAAUCGGGCUGGAAACCCGGGGCUGGAAAACUAUUUAAUAAGAAAUGUAGCGGCUCUUGGCAACUUUCAAUGCAAUGUUUGACUAAGAAAAAUGAAAACACUUUGCCGUCACGCACUCUCUGAAUUUCUAACAGGACGAAUUGGAUCCAGCGGAGCACACAAAAGAACGCUGGUGGCGGGGAAAGAAGAACUGAACUUCGAAGAUCUACAAGAAGGCAACAAUUUAUUAUUAACGUAAGUUCCUGGCGGUUUUAUAACCGGCAAGAAGAAGUCCUCAACCAAAAAUCACUUAAAGUCAGAUCGCUUCGUCUUCAAUUAUCUUGCCGUUGAUAACGCGGGUCAAACGGGUGAAACAGCAGAUAACAAACACACAGGCAGCAUGAUUUUUCCUUUCUUUCUUCUGGCGAUUAAAACCGACAAGCCGUUGGGAGAUGAUACUUUUCAGAACCAGUCAGUAAAACUCAUCUGCUGACAGGCCUUUUCCUUCAUACGGUUCUUUAACUGCUUUUAAGCUGAAAUUGAUGCCUUCUAACGAUGAAUUCCCGUAGAGAAAUCUCAUCGCGCUUCACUAUUAAACGACAUAUGUUUAGUUACUCAAAUGGCGUGAUGUUGAUUUCAACUAAUCGGAAAAAGGUAUUAAGUCGAAGAUUGACAUUGAAUUAAUUCUGACCAAUCACUAUUUUCACGCUCAAAAUCUGAGCGUGAUAAAUAGAGAAAACAAUGGCGUCCUUGCAGGCGUUCCUUUCCUUUCUCCCUCGCGCGCCCAAAUUCCCCCUUCCCCUUCCGAUGAAUUUUGCAGGAAAAGUCCGCCUAUAGCUUGCUUGGCAGAUCCGCUAACAUAUCGUUUCAAAUAAUACAUCUUGUUGCAUAGAGGUAUGUUUUUUCGGUGUGUGAGAGCACAGAAUGACGACUUCCAAUCCGGAUAAUGGAUGUGUUCACCGCUGAAAUGGUUGUUUCAGGUGCUGGGAGGCGACUUAAACUGAAUGAAUCCGCUGUUGUAAUGACGAUCUCGACGGUUUUAUCAGCACUUGAUGACUCUUGAAGGACAUUAGGAGACUUGUGCACGUCUUGAAGCUUCUGUGUUGGCUGUUUUUCUUUUGAUGCGGUUACGACCGAUCCUUAAUGACUGUUUUCCUGCAGCGGAGAAAGGUAUGCUGGGGGUGUCUGAAGAGAGAUCAUCUUCGACGGGGUCCUGCUCACUUUCGAUAUCUUCGACUACUUGGUAUGCUUUUAACCUCGCCCUUGCCAUAUCCAAUUGUUUCUUCACUUCCAUCUGUUCUAACUCCAGUUUUCCUCGUGCCAGUUCUGAUUCGAUCAUUGUCGUUUCGGCCCUUAGUUGCGCCUCCAUUUUUGCGAUUUCUUCCUUACGUUUUGCUUCUUCUUAGAGGGCGUUAAGUUCGGCUUCCUUUGCGGCUAGCUGUGCAACAGCAUCGGCUUUCCUUAGGUCGAUUAGUGCCGGAAGACACUCUUGAAGACUUACCGACCCUUGAGUGGUCUGAGAUAAUGGAUCUACUUCGGACGGGCCUUCUAUCGUUGCGUGACUACCAUCUUCAGAUUGUUUCAGUUAAUAUUCCAGAGUCUUGGUUAAUGUAUCGCAUGCAUCUCUCUUUUGGCGAAUUUAUUGUUCUGGAGGCCGAACGUUCCGUAACUUCUCUUAUAUCAUCAGAGCCCUGACGCGGAGAUUCUUCAAGCGGAGAAUAUUUUCGUCUUUGUCAGUUUGUGAAAGUGGGAGCUGAUAAGCAAUAAACCGCUCAAUGUCUGAGGCUUGCGCUUUCCAUGCGUCGAAGGCUUCGUAGAAUCUCUUUAUUAGCUGAUCUUCUUUAUCUCGCUCUCUUUGACGAACCUCUUGAUAGGCCUGGCCUCUCUCUAUAAGCGUUUGGACCCUGGGGAUUCGCGUUUGUUGGUCUUCAAGGGUACCCAACGAGAAUAUAGUUCACAACCACUUCAACAUAGCAUUGUUAAGUAUUUUAGUAUUUAAACGGUAGAUAUAGGCAUACUUUUAUCCCCUAAACUUUUUUCACCUGUUCGGAUUUCCUAGCUGAAAGUCUAGUGAUCUGAAAAUUAUAGGGAUCAAAGCUUACCUUUUCGACAAGCCCGAAAAAAGGCUCCCGAAAAUUCUAGGUGACCUUUUUAGGGAAAAAAAUCCGCUAAAAAUUGGCCAUUAUACCAUUUUUUAGAUUUUCGAAAAUCCUAGGGGAGACGGGCAAGCGAGAAAUUUUACGACAAAUGUUCCGAAAAUUCUAGAUAUCAAAUCGUCUUCCGAAUAGAUAUUUUCCGAAAAUUGACGUUGGGUGCCCCUGGCUCUUGGAUGGAAUCUGUGACUAUGCUAUUUGCAUUAUUAUUAUCUACUUCUACUAGAUUACUGUUUACUUAAACUACGCCUACUGCAGGUAACGAUAAGUUGUCUACAGCAUUAAAUUCUGUUACCUCACUUGAGCUAGACAUUUGAUUUAAGCAAAUCUUAAUACGUUAGAGCAAUUCCUUCUAACUGCAAACUCUAAUACUUCAGGCAGCGCCUGUAUACUCUGGGUGCCAGAGACUUGUCUUGCGCGGUUUCCGGUUUCUGUCGAGUCUUUAUAGUGACCCGCGCGAAAAGCCUCUGGAGCGCUAUUGCUUUGAUGGCGCCGAUCCAAUCGUUAGCACGGUUAAAUCAACAGACGCUACAAUUGGCUGAAAAGAAUCGACCAGCACGUAAAAGAAUAUUUCCAACUGUGUUGUUGACAUGACGUAAGUGUACCUGCGAGAAGUGUUGUGAUGGCGGCUUCGGAAAGUUUUGAAAUAGCAUUGAAGGAAAGCAUAAGCGAUGUACGAGAAGGGUUUGACGGUGUAGACAAGUUAAGCUAUGAGCAAACAAGUGGGGUGUUUAAUUUUAUUCAACGCAAUUAAGUUUUUAUCACAUUCAACUUUUGCAACAACAUAAUUUAAGCUUUACUAAUUUCCUAUUUCAAAUGAUUACAAAAUAUUUUUUUAAAUAAUUUGUAUUGAUGGAUUAGGAAUUUUAAAAACAAAACAUUUAUUUUUAGUGUAGACCGGGGGUCUGUAGGCAACACACAAUUUUUACCUUACGCCAAAAUGCUGCUUGUUCCAAUGAAUUUAUUUUUUCUGAUGGGUAGACUAUGUUCUGGAGGAAAACGUUUUGACUAAGCAAAUUUGAUCGCCGCUCGUGGCUUCGGCCUACAGCCGAAGAUGUGUCGGCCUUCGGCCAACACCGAAAAUUCCCGCCGCACGCGACGCCGCACGCGAGAAAAACCUCUGGUACCCAGGGUAGCGCCUGGACUACUUUAAUCUAUUUGUGCAUGACACCCGGGGUGUGACAGUACUUCACCUCGACUUAAAAAUGUAAUCAAUUACUUUAACUUAUUUCUGCAACUACUACGUGCAGAAUCGUCUUACUUAUGUGUGUCCAUGUAAAUUAUAACUUUCUUGCAACAAAGCUUCUUAACUUCUACUAUACUUGGUUUAUGGUUUUGUCGCUGCGCUGAACGUCAGUCCUUGACUUGAGGAUCUAUUUUUAGUCGGACUUUUGACCUUGAUCCUGACUUUACGGAAGCGCAAGGGGGCCAAAUAGUGAUUUCGUUUUUAUUUUUCACUUUUCCAUUUUUGUUUUUCACUUUUUGAUUUUCACCUCGCCAAUUAGCUUUUCGGUAGAGAUUUCGGUUUUUGUUUUUUACUUUUUCGUUUUUAACGUUUUGAUUUUCACUUCGCCAUUUAGCUUUUCGGUUGAGGUUUCGGUUUUUAUGUUUUACUUUUCCGAUUUCGUUUUUAACCUUUUUGAUUUUCACUUCUCCAUUUUGCUUUUCGGUUGAGAUUUCGGUUUUUAUUAUUUUACUUUUCUGUUUCUGUUUCUAACUUUUUUUUUAUUUUGAUCGAUUUAUUUCGUUUUACAUUUCAGUUUUUGUUUUGGCUUUUAAGUUAUGUAAUGAAAACCAAAACCAAAAUUUAAUUAUAAACAUUAAAAAAAACGAAAACCAAAAAACCAAAAACCAAAACCGACAGAGUAGACCAUCAUGCUUUGCUGGACGAUCAAUAUGGCGGAUCAAGGUGUCCAUCUGGCGGAGUGCGGCUUUGUUGACGAUGUUAUCCCAGGUAAAUUUUCUAAUUUUACUUCCAUUGAUCGCUCUAAAUCAUAAACUGUAUUUCUUUUCAACGUACCCUUUAAUUCUUCUAUUUAAGCUAUGCAAAUCGCGUUAAUCGACUAGAUCAUCAGAAGGCUAGGAUUGGAAGUACUAAUGUGCUGUAAGCUACCGCACAUUUGUUAAGCUUUCAUUUACGCUAGAUCGUAAUCGCCUAGACUGUGAAUAUAAGGGGGUAUAUAUUCUUUGAGCAUAAUGGAACGAUCAAAGUAUGGACAGUAUUGGCAGUAAGUUUUUAACACGUGUCGGUUCUCAAAAUCAGAUGGAUUUGGAGUCACGUUUAAAACUGACGGUAAACGUCAGAUUCACCCAACGUCUGUCUUCUAAGAUAUCUGAGUGUUCGAAUAAGCAAAAAUGGAAUAGGAAAUGAGCCGAUAACAACCACUCAAAACAAUUCUUAUUUAUAAAACCUGCGUGAAUGUGCUAAGUUUUAUGUAGAAGUAAUGAACGGUAAGCGACAAAAAGAGGGGAAAUUUGGUUACGCGGUAUACAAAUUUACGUUCACCGUUUGUCGUAGAGGUGACUCUACAUGUGUUAUUGUUGUUCUUGUUACUCGUGUUUCAUCGGUACAUGUGCGAUGCUGUGCGUCGGGAUUUUGCAUUAUCGGCAAGUUUUGUGUUAGAGUGUUUAGAUGGUAGCGAGGUGACGACAAGAGAAGGUAAUGAGCUAGUUGUACAGAAGGAAAAUUGUGUUGUGGAGGAAAUAAAAGAAGUUGAAUUGAGAUCUCGUCGUGGGAAAUUUAUUUAUAAGGGAACUUACAAUUCCGUUGGUUUAAAUAAGGUUAGUCAUUUUUCUCGACGCCAUCGUGCACCUAGCAGACCACCGAUAAAGAAAUUAGAAUCUUUGUUACAGAAAACACGGAAGGUGAGGCUUUUUUUGUAUGGAAGGGCAUUCGGAAAAAUACACUAUUGUCGUCUGAAAUUCAUUGUUACGUUAAAAAUAGAAAAAGGUUUACACUUAAACAGGUACAGAAGUAACUGUAACAGUGUGAGGUUUUUACGUAAAGGGCAACUCCAAAACUAGUUCGUAAACGUGGGAAAAAACUUAAAAAUAUUAAGUUACCAGUAACGGUAAAGGAUGUCGUGUGUAAAAUCUAAAAUCUUGAUCUUACAAUGCAAUCAGCAAAAAAUCGGUCUUAAAGGGUAAAAUUACAAAGCGCUUACUUAAAUAAAGAAAUGUAGCGUAAAUAUUUACCUUGGUGAUGUCCUUAAAAAUCACUUGAACAAGGAAAACUUGCUUCUUGGCUUGUUGAAAUCGGAAUUGACAGAAACUUGCGUCAACUAACUGCAAACACAAAAAACUUAACCUUUUAACUCCAAAAUUGCGUAGUGCUUUUGCGUGUGCCCUAGCUUGCGUUAGAAAGAACUUUCUAGUCAAAUUUAGAAAUUGCGUUAGCGCGCCUGUGAAGAAAACAAAACAUCAUGAGAUUUCGGUGAAAAAAUAAGUGGAUUAAAGUUAUUAAACGCGCGGCUAAUCGUGGUGGCCACAGUCGUGGGUUUUUAUUGUACACUGCACAAGGAACAGGUUUGCAUGAGAUGUUUAUGGUAUUGCUAUUAAUAUUUAGAAAUUAUUGAAUGAGGCUGAGUAGGAUAUGAAGAAUUCUGCAGAUCGAGGAGGGUGUUAUCCACCGAAGACGGAGGUGGAUAACACCCUCCGAGAUCUGCAGAAUUCUUCAUAUCCUGCGAUAGCCGAAUUCAAUAAUUGCUUUACAUGCACAACUCUUGGUAUCCUCUUGACUCUUCUUACAGCCUUGCCUAGUAUCUACUAAUAUUGGUCUCUUAAAAAACAUAAUAUUGAUCAAUCAAUUAACUCAGUGAACCAUCCUAGACUUCCACAAAAAAAAAAUUCUUUCUUAACUUUCUUUCUUACUUCUGUUCUUGACAAGGGCAUCGUGAUCAACCUGAAAUGUUAAUUUUCAGUAGUUUUAACUUGUGCAUUAUUAUAACAAAACCGUAACUGAUAAGAAUUAUUAUUAAAAAGUGAAUCAUUGGAUAAUGCAAUUCUAGAGCUCUGAUUGGCGUACCCAUCAUGGUAUAUUUCUUAAAUUUAUCAAUGAUUUCUUGCAAUGCUUUCUAUGGGUAGAGACCAGACGACGAUCGAAUAGUAUCCCAUGAUGCACCUCGUUUCAUGUUAUAUUAUCACUGCGUACGUGACAUAUCAUGAUCAGUAAUCUUCCGCACGCGCGAAAUGAACAUCUCAGUGCUCGGUGUGGAUGGUUUCCAAACAUGUUUCGGUUCAGCAGCUUCUGCUUUUGAAAUUAUCGAGUUGGCUUAUAUUCAUUGUGCUUUAAAGGAGAAUUUCAGCGUUACUUUGACUAAGAAAGGUUUUACACGUGUUUCACUGAUCUGUCGAGAACUACUUGUGCGCUUGGUCGCACUGUAAACACAAAGUAUAAGACUCGCAACUAAUAAGCUUCGCUAGGAGAACCCUAGUCUGCUACACAGCCGUUUUUAGGGUCGAGCAUUGCGUGACGACCCUAAAAACGGCUGUGUAGCAGACUAGGAGAACGCAGGCCUGAGGAGAACCAGUUUACGGCAGUUACAAAUAAAAUUUAACCUGUCGAUGCGACAAACAAUCCUCUGAAGCACAAUCUACCCGGUACUGACCCAAGCAAUCUUCAAGGAAAUUUCCUGGCCAGAAUACUGAUCUGUUCUUGUGAAUAAAUAAAGUUUCUGAUGUUUCUUUUUCAAAUUCUGAGCAGGCUGUGCAUGCUUGCAUGCUGCGUGGCACCUUUCUUUUGGUUCCUGUCACACUGAAACGCGCCAUUUAUAGUCACCGCUCCUUCUUCGAAUUAAAAUAAUUAUAGUCACUUUCCUUUUAAAAAUAUCCACUUUGAAAAUACUAAAGUGAUUGCUUCUGCAUAAAGCGCUCUCGAAAGCGCCCAACAGAUUGUAGCCUUCAGCUGACUUUACCCAUAUAUUAUCACACAUGACGUUGAAAUGUGAUAAAAGAUUCGAAAUUUCAGCCAUCUUUGGUCGAUAAAAAAGUCUUCAAAAUGUGGGUACUUCUGGGUACUUCUUAGCCUGUACAAUAUUCAGGACUUCAUUUUGCUGGCGUGAGGUCCACAUUUGGAAGAUUUCAACAUAUAUUCCGAAAAAUCUUGAAUAUUCAUGACCUUGUUGUGGGUCACUGAACACUCUGUGAUGGGAAGACUAAUUCAAACCAUGAAAAUAAAUGUUUCUAUGUGGAAACUUCGCUCUUACCACCGUUUUCGUUGAUACGCGACUUUCGAAAACAAAACACCGGCGGAAACGUUUCCAAAAUUUCCGUCAAUCAUGCGUGUUAUCGAGGUCAGAAGGUCACACUAGUGGCUGUGAUUGGUGGAUUUCGAUCCGAUCUGUCGAUAACAUGCAUGAUUGACGUUUCCGCGGGUGUUUUGUUUUCGAAAGUCGCGUAUCAACGAAAACGGUGGUAAGCCAUUACAAAUCGGAGAAAUCAUGUCAAAUAACGAAAUAAUGCAAUUUUCGUACGUUUACUGGAAAUCGAAAGAGAAAAAAGCCGACGAGAAAAAGACCUUAUUUCACGAUGGAAUCUGCAAUGACUACGAUAUUGCUUGAUGCUUCUGGCAAAAUGCAUCGUCGGAUACUAUUCGAUCGUCGUCUGGGUAGAGACCACAGUAAUGUACUUGCCCCUAAUGAUGCUCUGUUACUGAAAUUUGAAAAGAGGUAAUUAUAUAUGGUAGCAUUUGUUGUUAUAUCAACUGUAGGAUUUGGUUCACUCGGUCUUAUGACAAGUGUACUUGUAUGUGGAGAUGGGAAGACAAUUGAGGCUGAGGCUGCUCAUGGCACUGUCACCAGACACUACAGAGAACAUCAAAAGGUCAGUCAGUGACGAGAUAGGUUUGUGUUACCAUAAUAAUAAUAAUAAUAAUAAUAAUUUUUUGUAAUUGUUAAUUCUAAUUUAAUUUUGAUUUUAAUUUACUCCAUUUUCACUGCGAACAAGUAACAGAUAGCAGUGGGAAGGACUAGUUGGGAACAGAAGAACUAUACGAAGCAGUUCACCCAAUAGACCCUUUGCACGAUGGCAUCAUUAAUUUUUGCUAUUAUGACCAGAAUCCCUUUCAUUUUUCCCGUUAUAUUUAAAUUUGAUAAUCCCAGCGAGGUUUAAAACAACAAAAGCCCUAAUCUUCAAAAAGAGCGAAACCCUGAAGGAUUCUGGUCGUAGUAGUAAAAUGAUGUCAUCAUGCAAAUGGCCCAUUAGAUGGUACUAUUUAUUGUGACAAAAGACUACACAAUGAUUCUAUGCCUAGUAAGUAAGAAGUUGGUGAUCAGGAUCGAAUCCCCUUACCUUAUUUUUGUUAAAAUCUUUGCAACGUUUUAUGAAGCAACGCAGGCUUAGGUCUUCAAUUCUUAGGUAAUAAUGAUAAUAAUAAAGAUAAUAAUAUUAGCAAUGGUAAUAAAAAUAACAAUGGUAAAAAUUUUUUUCUAGUAAAAAUAUACUUUAUUAAAAUCUUAUGAAACUUCAGUAAAAUAUUCAUAAGAAGAAAACGUCAAUGUCAGUAAUAAUAAUAAUAAUAUUAAUACACCUACCCACACCAUUGCUGGUGUAAUGGAACUCUACAAGCAGCCAACACCAGCUGGAGUGUAUACUUCAUAUAAGACAGGAACCAGCCAGGGGGAUGUAACUUGUAGGAUGUGCGGUAGAGCUGCAGAGACCCUCCCACAUAUUUUCUUGGGGUGUUCCGCCCUAGCUCAUUCAAAACACUUGAACUGACACAACGAAAUGUGCAGAAACCUUAAAUCGGUGGACUCCGUUCCCCCAUGGUACUCGCCAGUAACACCUAAACCAAUGUAAAUGUACGAGAAACCUGAUGUGCAAGCCUAUUGGGAUGUACCGGUUUACGCUGACAAUACGUGUGUUAAGGCUAACAGAGUGAAUCCACAGUUCGUGGAUCAUAAGGGAAAGAAAGUCAGGGCAGUGAAAAUGAGUUGUCCGUGGGUGGAGAAUCGUGGAAAGAAGGAUGAGGAGAAGACAGUCAAGUACAGUCCUCUGCGAUGGGAGUUGAGGAAACGGUACCUAAGGUACAACAUCAACCAGUGUAAUAUUUUCAUUGAUUUGCUAGGAGGGUGGUCAAAGGAACUUGAAAUGACUGUGAAAAAGCUCGUUGGAUGUGUUGCAAAGAAUGCAGAAAGCCUUAAUCUCGUGCUCGCUCAACUUUCAAGGGAACUGUUGUUUAAAUGUUUAACUGAACUUACAAACGUAUUAGGACCAAAUAAAAAUAAAUAUGCCGGAAACGCCAGAUACAGAACAGACCUGAAGUUGGCUUAAAACGUCUGAUUUAAAGGUUCAAACGAAAUGUCCUUAUCUUUGCCGCCCAGGAACAGACUCUUAGGACUAUGUAAUUAUGUAAAACAUCACAUUGACUGCAGAGUCACCGUUGUUUAAAGAGAGAGAGUGUGUGUCAGCUUGUAAGUAAGUGUAAAAAGUUGGCCCAGAAGGAAUAUAAAUUAACGGCGUGAUAAUGUGGCAAAUAUUAUGCAGUCUACAUUGGAAUAUAUCUGCGUUAUACCAGCUGGAACGGAAGGAAAAAUGGUAUGAACAUGUGCCGUGGUGCCAUAAGGGGUUGUGAGGAAUUACGAAAUGAAGCUGCUUUGGGAUAUGAACAUCCAGUGUGAUAACGAUAUUGAGGCAAGAAGGCCUGACACUACGAUAGUGAGCAAGAGGGAGAACAAGUGGAUAUUGUUUUACCGAGAAGCCGUAGAAUACACGACAAGGAGUUUGAAAAAGUUGAAUAAUAUCAGGAUUUAACGAGAGAAAGAAUGUGGGGUGUAAAAAACGUGGACCUGGUACCUGUUGUUGUAGGGGCCCUUGAAAUUGUUACUAAGAAACAUGAAAAAAUGGAUCGAAAAAUUGAGGGUUAGGGUUAAGAUUGGACUGCUACAGAAAACUACGCUACUAGGAAAAGCCAGGAUUCUAAGCAGGGUGCUAAGAUUGUAAGUACCAGGAGAGUGUCCCAAUGGACCCCUGGUCAUUUUUUCCAGAAUUAUGCCUGUUUUUAAAUCCGAUGAUGAGACGGACCCAAAUAAUUAUAAACCUAUAUCUUUAUUGUCAAACUUCAACAUUCUUACUCAUUAGUUUCUACUUUGACAUUAUUUAUUACUUUGUUUAAUUUUUUCGUCUAUAUCGUGUUAUCUGGUCCUCAUCCAUAUUACAAUUUUUAUUUCAUUUAUUCGUAAACUGUAAACUUUUCUUAGCUAGCCUUAGUCUUAAUUUCAUAAUUCGCUCGCAUUGUCCCGCCUGAAAUAGCCUUAAUAGCAGUGGGCAAUGCUUCUGUAAUGUUAUCUGUUUAUUAAUAAAGUUUGUUGACUAGCUCCCUUGGGAUGUGUAUCGGCAUGACAACAGGCAGAGCUCAGAGCCGAAUAGACAGUAAUAAUAAUAAAAACAAGACAAGAAAAAAUCGAAAACAAGAAACUGGAAAAACCAUAUCAAGAUUUGAAAAGAGAGGUGAAUAGUGUAUGGAACUGUAAAUCAGUUGUGCUCGUACGAAUCGUCAUUGGUGCCCUCGGAACAGCCAGCAAACGAUUCAAUCUGUAUCCAAAGAAAAAAGGAUUUGACGGAAGUAUGCAGUCGGUACAUAAAGCUUGUUUUCUCCGUUUUUCGCGCGCAAGAGCUCCGCUACUAGUGGUAACAUGUCCAGUCUAAUAAAUCUUUCCUUUUUUAAAUGAAGAUUUGAUUGUGGCAGUUGUAAUUGCAAUUACUGAAAUGAAGCAAUGAAGAUGAUGUGAACUGCGGCCUCUGCUUUAGCGCAGAGGCCAUGGGUUCGAAUCCCUUUGAAGUCUCGAAAUAUUUUUCGAGUUAAUUUGCAAUUUCUUAAAUUGCAGUUACCACUGCGACGAUCGUGUAUCUUCAUUAAAUUUGUAUUUCCGCAGUUUACAUCUUACAGGACUUGUAGACUCAGGGAGUAUAUCCUCAUUUGACACAGUACGAGGCUGCUUAGGAACUGCAGCUAAGGGGGGAGCAGGGGCAGUAGCAGGCGACCGAGUUGGAACAGGUUCCGGAACAGCUAAAAGAUGUCUCCAGUUUCUGCGGUACUCCUUUCCCUCAGUCUGCACGAUGUAGGAUCUUGGCUGGACAUGAGUUGCUGGGCAAGAGAACCUAGUGUUUGAUCUGUAGGAACAUUGCGGAGAUUAAGGAGGCCAAGUAAGGGAUCAGAACUGUCCUUACAUUUGCAAAGCAGGUUCGUGGCUUGCUUGACAGCAUUCUCGGCCAGGCCAUUGGACUGGGGAUAAUGCGGACUGCUAGUGACAUGCUGAACGCUCCAUUCAUUGUCAUUGAAAUUCUCUGCUUGCGAAUUGUGGACCAUUGUCAGUUAGCGCUUUACAAGGAAUACUAUGGACAGCAAAGUGAUGCUUCAUCUUCUCAAUCAAAGUCAGUCAGUCAGUCAGUCACGAAAAGUAUUUAUCUCGAACCAACCAGAGUAAGAGUCAGCAAGUACAGGUAUUGCAGUCCAUUCCAAUCAAAUAUGUCUGCAGUCAUAAAUGGCCACGGGAGAUCUGGGACCAGGUGAAUAACAAAUGGUUCCCUCUGCUGGUGCGGUUUGGUACUGUUGCAUGGCUGACAGAGGUCUAUCGCAGAGUCAAUGUCAGACGCCAUGGAGGGCCAAUACAUAAUUUCCCGCGCUCUUUUCUUUGUAGUGUCAGCUCCAGGGUGUCCCUUGUGCAGUUGCUGGACAUACUCUUUGCGUAGGGACAUGUGGAACCAAGACCCUCAAGCCUUUUAGACUUACUUCUGGGGGUACACUCUUGGGCUUUCUAGCCACCCAUGAGUAAUGAAAUGUGCCACUUUUUGCAUAAAAGGAUCAGUGACAGUGUGCCUUUGGAGUUCAGCCAUACGUGCUGCUGAGAUUGCGGUGAACGGCAAUAUGUCAAACUGCUAAUCACUCUCUGUGCCAGGCUUCUCAUUUGUGUAGGCAUGUGACAAUGUGUCUGCCACAUGCAGUUCAGUCCCUUUCUUGUAAAUGAACUUCAAAUUGUACCUCAUGAUAAAGGAAACAUUAAUUUAAAAUAAUCUAGAAAUACUAAACCUAUCUGAAAACUAUUUUAAAAAUAAAACAUUAAAACUAUCUAAAAUUCAUAGGCUAAUUUAAACAAAAAGUCUUUACUAAGGAUUUAAAAUUGGGAAAAUUCUUUUCAUGUCUUAUGUGACGAGGAAGGGCUUUGAAGAUAGAUGGUGUCAUCAAUGCAAACGACCUGUCACACCAUUGUUUUCGAUGUUUUAGCAUUGAAUGGCGAAAGAUACAGAUCGUCAUUUCGUCUAAGAGAAUAUAUACUGGGACGUUGAAUGCUUACAAGACUACAAAGAUAAGUAGGCGUUAGGCCAUAAAUAGCUUUAAAUGUAAGUAUAAUUAUUUUAUAGCGAAUUCGCUCCUUCACCGGCAGCCAGUGCAAUGAGAACAAAACUGGAGUGAUGUGGCAAAAACGAUGUGUUUCGAAACUGAGGUUCUAAUCAAACAAAGUUUCCAAAUUUCUAGCCGCUGAAACUGGUGUAAUAGAAGAAUCUCCUACAGAUAACUUUUCAAUGCAAACUUUGUUCAGCUGUUACCUCGUGCCUAUGAUCAGGAACACUGUUUUGCUAUCGUUUAGUUUCAACUUAUCCUAGCCCGUACAGCCUUUAUGCAUGACUCCAUAGCACCUAAAUACUCCUGAUUGGCAUUACCCUCAGGCUUGAAAGAUAAAUAAAGCUGUGUAUCAUCAGUAUACGCAUGCGCAGUAGGUAAAAGCUCCUUGAUGACCUGGAACAACUUGUUAGCCUGGAGGGUGAAGAGGAGAGGUCCUAGGCGUGAACCCUGUGGUACCCCACAUGUUGGAUGAAAGGUAUCAGAGAUCCCAUCACCGAAUGCAACACGCUGUGACCUGUUUGACAGGUAAGAGUGGAACCAAGCCAGUGCCCUCCCUUUGAUGCCAGAUGAUGUUUCAAGACGAUUGACAAGAACGUGAUGAUCUACUGUGUCGAACGCGGCCCUCAAGUCGAAAAAAAUAAGAAGAGUCACCUGCUGACGACCCAUUCUCAGAAGAAUAUCAUUUUGCACUUUUGAAAGUGUCGUUUCUGUGCCAUGACGCUUCCUGUAGGCAGAUUGUAACUCACGGAGCAGUUCGUGGGUAGUCAAAUAAUCAAAGGUUUGACCAUAAACAGCACGUUCAGUCAACUUAGAAACGAAGUGAAGGUUGCUAACCGGGCGCAUGUCGCUGAACAAAGGCUCAAGCCCCGCUUUUCUGUAAGAGCGGCGUGAUCUGUGCUUUCUUCCAGACACUGGGGAAGUAGCCUGUAGUCAGGGAGGAAUUUAUGAGAUGGGUAAUCGUUGGUAGCAAUACCUCUAACAAUCAACAACCAAAGGCGUAAGCAUGGGAUCCAGGGCACAGUACGUUUUAGCCACACCACCGUCUGCCAGUAGUCGUUGAUCCUCAGGUACCAUUUCACGUUUUUCAAAAUCAAGGCCAGUAGCAUCCCAAGCCACUGCAUCACGAAUUUUAGAGAUCUUCGGCACGAAAAUGCACCGAUGUCAUUAGAAAGAACGGUAUUGUCAGAGCAAUUUGGGAAGCAAAGUUCAUUUUUUGGACUCGGUAACUUAUUCCCGGCACGGAAGAGUUUUUCUUGAUUGUCACAAUGGUCGGAGAUAAGUCGGUGGGUGCGCUUCCUUGCAACAUUCAUUAGGUAUGUCACUCGAUUUCUAUGUUCUUGAAUCAAUUUGAAGUCAGACACCAAUUUGCCUUUCAGCCUUUCUGCGAAAUCUUUUGGCAGCGUCAAUUUCAGCAUUGUACCAAGGAGCGCAAGGUUUAGCCCUAAGUAUUUUAAUCUUUAAAGGAGCAUGACAAUCCGUCAGAUCCUUAAGAGUUAAGUUGUAGCUCUGAACAAGCUCAUCAAUGUCCUCAGCCGACUGACUAUUUGGCGGGUUUCGAUGUCUGGCAGUCGCACACAGUCAAAAGCGGCCAAGUCCUGUUUGAGAGCAUAAGUGUCCAAAGAUUUCAACUUUCUGUUAGCAAAUUUCCGACAUCGUACAGGCGGUCUGGAAGCAGAAAUGUUACAAAUAAUGGAGGCAUGAUCUGAUAUAAAACGGCCAACACGAGAUUGACCAUUGAUGAUAUAAUCAGAGAACCGUGUGAUUGUGACGUGCGUUGCAUAAAACACGGCCAAGACCGACAGACUCAAGAAGAUCACGAAACCUAACUGAAUUAGCAUAAUAUAGUUAUUAACGAUUAUUCCGCGCUUUGGAUACGAGAUGGUAGGCAGCCAACGAAGCGCGUAGCGCUGAGUUGGCUAUAAUCAUCUCAUAUCCAACAAGCGAGAGCGGAAUAAUUAUUUUAUUAAAUACGCCCACAAAAUAUCGAGAAUUCGUCACGACUUUAUUUGGAGAAACAACCGAUUUUCAGCUUUUUUUUAAAUUUUGAGCAGACGCGUACAGUUACCAUAUUUGGAGAGCACGGUACAAUGGCUCAUAUACCAUGAUGGCUAAGCCAAUGAGAGCUCUAGAAUUGCGUUAUUCAAUGAUUCAGUUUUUAAUAAUAAUAAUAACAGUAAUAAUAACUACAGUGGAACCUACCGUAAUCGAUCACCCGAAAUGCGACGAUUUAGUGGUCGCUUACGAGAAUCAAACCACAGUGGUCUCUUACGAGAAAAGUUCCUGACACAUCUACUUGGUGGAAAAAAACUUACGGUAUGUGUGGUUCCAUGUUGUCACUGAAAGUUCUUCGCAUACUCUAAGUGGCGCAGUACAUACAACGAGCAAAGAGAUCACACCAUGCGUCAAGUUGUCGCCUACAAGAAGUUGAAAACAAUGGAAAAUUAUAAAACCGCCUGCUCAAAAGUGGUCGCAGUCGCUGGCGGUAGGUGGUCCUUUACGAGAGGUUCCAACUCAGGCUGUAAGGCUUUGAAUGGAACGUUUUGGCGUUUUAUUCCCUUACUGGAAUGCACACAUUACUAGAAUCUCUAAAAAAGUAGCUUCGGGUAAAGAGCUGUCGUCCUUUCGUUUCUCUGGAAACCUUUAUUUGCGCUUACAAUUCGAUAAUCCAGCCACGCUUUGAUUAUUGUGACAUAGAGUGAUUGCAGGGCAACUAAUGCCACCAAGCUUCAGAAGCUCCAAAAUCGCGCUGCCAGGAUUCUGACUUAUUCUGACUACAACGCUGAAGUCCAGCCGCUUUUUCAGUAGUUAAAUUGGACUCAACUUGCUUGUCGUCGUGAAGUCCACACAGUAAACAUGGUUUACAAAUUUACUCACGGUUUAGCGCCUGAAUAUUUACAGGAUAGAUUUGUAAACAGUGUUUCGAAUUAUUUCUCAAGAGAUUCCUGUAAUUAAUUUGAUGUCCCUCUCCCCGCACCAAUUAUCUUAAGAAUAGUUUUCGUUAUAGCGGGGUGGUCUUAUGGAACGGUUUGCCUUCGACUCCUCGGUAAGCAGGAUCCAUACACAGUUUUAAAUUUGGCUGCAAGGAAUUUUUCAAAUAAUAUAUACUCGGCAUCCAUGGGAAGCAGGCUAACUUAAUUUAUAUACUAUUUAUUAUUUAUUCAUUAUUUAAUAUUAUAUGUACAUCUGUUUUAUAUCGUAUUUACUAUCAUAUUAUUAUGUAGGUUAGAUCAUAGGUUAUAUAUAUUUUUAUAUAUGUAUAUAUAUAUAUAUAUAUAUAUAUAUAUAUAUAUAUAUAUAUAUAUAUAUAUAUAUAAGAGGUUUGAACUUGAAAUCCGUAAAACAGUGCUCAAUACAUAAAGUAGAGCGAGUAUACGUAUGGUUGACGGAAGAAAACAAGUAACUACAUAAGUAUCCCUACAAGCCUGGUUCGUGGUUGCCCACUCAUCAGGGGAUUUUAAUGAGAAUAACUUUACCAUUACUUAUAUACUAACCUCGCACUGAAUAAAUUAUGUAAAUCAGUCUAGUAUAUAAGUAAUGGUAAAGUUAUUCUCAUUAAAAUCCCCUGAUGAGUGGGCAACCACGAAACAGGCUUGUAGGGAUACUUAUGUAGUUACUUGUUUUCUUCCGUCAACCAUACGUAUAUAUAUAUAUAUAUAUAUAUAUAUAUAUAUAUAUAUAUAUAUAUAUAUAUAUAUAUAUAUAUAUAUAUAUAUAUAUUGUAAGAUUAGCCGAGAAUUUUAUAUUAGUUAUAUGCCUGGUGUUUUUACCGAGUUUAAAUAAGACUCAAAUAAAGUUACUUGACUUGACUUUUUGAAGAAGUGGCUGCUUAUGGACGGUGGUCGGUUACAAGGGGUUCGACUGUAAUGGUGUUUUAUUCAAAAUGAUUAAGAAAAGAAAGUUAUGAAAGCAUCUUGAAAUUGAAACUGAGGGUUAGUCUCAUUAUGUUCAUUAAAUAAAAAGAUAUAACAGAUAUGAGCCAUGCGAAAUAUAUAGAAAUGGAACGUUUCAAAUACGUUGCCAGAUUAUUUCAAAUACGAUUUAGAUAAAACAAGAAUCGCCGAAAGGCGAUUUUUAACUGGGCUGCAAAUGGGCUUUUUUUUCUGAGGGGAGGGGGCGGCUAUACACACUCAGGCUACCAUAAAACCUUGUCGGCAACCAUUGCAUGCAACAGAAUCUCAUGUGAGACUGAAACAUAAACUCAUUCAGAACAUUGUACCCUUUUGAAAGACUUUCGUAACCAAAAAAAAAGAGUACCAUUUUUAAGUGGGGGCUGUAUAAUAACUUUUAAAUUCCACCAUUAUGAAUAAAAAUAAACAAGUUAGCCAUUAAUUCUAAACAGGAAACAAUUUGCAUUAUUUCCACGCACCCCUCCCCCAAUCUCUCUGUGCCCCAAAAUAUAGCGUGACAGUAUAACGUGACUAAUUUGACGUAACCGGAAAUUCCAAAAAUUGUUGUCCUUCUACGAGCAUAAAAUGCGACAGACUGAGCUGAUUUACACUAGACAGAAAUAUUGUAUUGUAUGAAAACCAGACGUAUGCUAAAACAGACAGUUAACUGCCCAUUGAUCCCGCCUGAUCCAGGGGUCUCACUGACUGCACGGAGACUUUACUGCGCUUUUCACAAACAGGCGAACUCUAAAGUUCAAAAGCCACCUUCACAAUUGUGUUUAUCGCUGCCGUCAAUCAUAAUUACGAUCACAAGCAACGAACCUUGAAACAGAGAAACACACAAAACGGAUCGAAAUCCACAAAUCACGACCAUGACCUUUUGAACCCGUGAAGUAAAGUUUUGUUUCCUAAGAGGUCCGUUAAGAUGAUUGACAGCAGCGAAAAACGCAAUCGUCGGUUGGGUUCUGAACUCCAGAAUUCGAAUGUUUGUGAAAAGUGCGAUCCUAAUUUGCGGUCCACAGUCUACAUGAAAACGCACUAUUUUUUCCACAAGAUGAAAAGUAUUCAGUUUUAAGAUUUUCCUCACGGUAUUUUUCUCUAACUUAAAGGAAUAAAAUCCUUUGCAUUUUGAGACCUAAAAAAGUUUAAAGAUUUCUCGCUCGCAUGUUGCGGCGUUCACCAGCACGCACUUCAAACAAUGUAAAUAGAUGAAACGAUCGAUAACAUAUUUUUUACCUGAUACCGAUGUGAGUUAAAAAUUUGCUCCAGUUCUGUUUGUCUCACCCAAGACUAACUUUUCUUCAUGGAAACUAUGCCGCUUUAUAACUCUUCCGAGGUGCCAGCUAGACAAUAUGGAAACACUAUUCACAGUGACUCCUUGGAUAUUAAAAAGACUGAACGUGACGCACUAUUAUGCCUUUGUUUACUUCUGAUCACAUCUUCAAGCGAAGUCUCUCUUUUCAAGCGAUUCAUCUCAAUGCAAAAUAAUUGACCCUUAUAUUAGUUAAAAUCCUAUGGUUCAUUUAUAUUAAUGCUGUUUUUGCCCCUCACAUUGACUGUGUUCGUUCGUAUUCAAAACACCUUUACGAAAAUAAAGGCCGUAUAAGUCAUGUGUGUUAUGUUUCGAGAUAAAUGGAUUAUACGCUUUUUUAAGUUUCCAUUUUGCGGUGACUUCAGUUUACAUCUCCAUAAAAUGGUAAAAGAAAUAUCAAGAAACAUCACGAGAGCUGAAAAUUUUCAAAGGCAUGUUUCUGAAACUCGCUAAUGCGGACAUCAAUAUAGCGUGCUUGCUGAAUGGGCGAAAACACAGAAUUGUGAUCACAAGAUCUUGUACAAAUUUAAUGACAAAAGCUUAGCAAGAUACAGAUACAAACAAAAGCAAACCCCCUGAAACCUCGACGUGGGCUACACUUGUAUGCUCUACUCAGUCACCAAACCUUGUCAGUAAUAGCUCCUAUUUUCCUCAAGUCGCUCUCUGUGAAGCUCCUGGAUGGGAUGUCCCGAAGAAGCUUUAAACUUGUGUGCGAAAUUCUCAGAGUUCCUAUUUUUGUCCGUGUCUUCUUUAUCCUCAGUAUCCGAAAUUUAGAUCUCCAAAGUGUCGUGUGUUGCGUUAAAUAGAAGGAAAUAUUUAAAGGAAAAAGCCAGUCUUCUAACAUGGCAAAGUUGUCACGUCCCUCGCUUAUGGACGUGCCUCACAUCAGGAUUAAUCUUCCAUUGAUCGGCAACUGAGUUGUUCGCUUUACUGACUAUGACGGCUUACAAUCAAGUCUUCAGCCAUAGUGUCGUCAACUGGUGAAAUACUUUGCUCAUAAAUUGUGCUUCUUAAUUGCUCAUGUACUACAUCGAUCGAUAGUUCACGAAGCAGCCACGGCGUUCCAAACCUGACGCUCACAGUCAUCUUUUCAGUCUUUUAGUGUGAACCUACCGUGAACGGCGUAUCGGUUUGAAUGCAACGCGAGCAGUUCUCUGAGUUUCCCAGCGCCAACACCAUCUAACUGACUUAAACUCGAACAAUAAAAAAAUUAUAGAGUUACUUCCAUGGUCAAAUAGCUUCGAGCAACGCAAAUAGCCUUCUUCAGGUUCGCAACGCCUUGUGGGUUUUUCAAGGGGAGCGCAGACAAGGUACAAAAAGUAUCCGUGCAAGGGUCCAUGCAAGAGAAAACCCUAUGAAACCAUUUGUGAGAACAUCGUUUCUACGUACCAGACCCUCGUGUUUUCCCUCCCCCGGAUGACCACUUUGUGACACCGACGACCGAAAACCCAUUUUAUGACUGGGCUUGCCAUGCAGCCCAGUAACAAGACUAAGCUUCUAUGCUAUGACGUGGAAAUUGGGUAGAACUGAAACUGGGUAGAAUUAAUCUUUUGCACAUAUUGUAUAAUGCACCUAUCAAUGUUAAGCCGGCGGAGGGGGGUGCAGGGCAUGGGGUGGGGAUUUGACAUUUUUCAAAAAUUUGCCGUCAAAUUCCCUGCCCACGGGCAAAUCAUUCCAGUCAAAUGCAACCAAAUUCCCCCACCCCGGGCUGCACAUGUCAAAUAUCUCAAGGCUGGACCCAGGAAAGGUACAAUAAAAAUAUCUCCAAACAAAACUCUGCAGUCUUAAUUUAUAAACGUUGCUGCAUCACCAAAGAUACAUGUUCCUGUUACAUCGAUCUGCAAUUGUAUGUUUUAACCAAUCAAUCCGUGUUACACUGCGUAGAAUACAGAAACCUUCACGAGAAAGUCCACAUUUUGUAAGUUUAAAUAUUACCGUUCCUAGUAAAGGGUACAAAGAAAGUCAGUUUUAUAAGCUUACAGUGAUUGUAGCGAAUGAGCCAUACACUGAUCAACUCUACUUGCAAAAAUCGACUUCGUUUCUCUUUACUUCGUUUACUUUGAUACCCCAGUAUCUUAAAAGGUUCAAUUGAUCAAAAACACGCUAAAACAAACAAACUUUGAAGACAAAACAGCGAAAUCCACUCACCUUUCGUUUGUUCUCGUUGGCCUCCACUGGCCUCCAUGAUUUCAAGAUCUUUCCAGACCGUAAGGGGCAUGCGUGAAGCCUGGAAGCGGGAGACAUAUGUUCACCGGCGAAAAAUGUCUGAUUGGUCGACGGGCGACCACGUGACUUUGCCAAAUUCAAAAUGGCGGCAAUACCUCCAUCGUUUGUAAGAAGAUUAAUUGCAGCUUAAAAUGGGUUGCAAAUGCAUAUAUCGAUAUUUUUAGAAUAGCCUAGACUUUUUAUUAUCCUUUUUCACCUAUUCCUAUGGGAUCCGUUCCCUGCGAUGCUCGCGUUUUGGCCGGUUUACAGGAUUCAACUUUGGACUUGUUUAAGCGAUCACUCUUCACGAUCACGAAGGACAACAAUAUUUCUGAUAAAAGCCGGAUCACUAGAAGGAACUCCCUUUGUUCACAGCUCAAUGCAGCGGAGAAAUAAGACACUAUGGGUCCUUUGAAAUUGCUCAGACACCUGGAAGUUAUUUUAUAAUUUUUUUUUUUACCGAAAAGAUAAAGCAAACUUAUGUUUUCUCCAGCAAGACUUUCUAAUUUAUAAAAAAAAAAAAGCUUGAACAUAAGCUAAAUGAGCUGUAGUGUCUGCCUUGUUCUUUUCAUUGUGAACGGGUGCAAUUUUAAUAUCAAAACUUUAAAGCCGUCUGUGACCGAGCAAGGUUUUUUUUCUUUUUUCUUUUCAAUGGUUACUGUACUUGAUCUGAAUAAGAUAAUGAAUUUUUUAAAAUUAGGGGAAUACUAUAUUUGAAAGAAGAGAACUUUGAUUUAAGUGUUAGUUAGAAACAAUACUGAUUAUAUAUAUUUUUUUUUUAGUACAUAAAGGCUAAAAAAGUGAUGCAUAUAGUCUAAAGUGCUACAAAGGAGAAAAAACCCAGAUCUUUCCAUUAAUAAAUUUUAUUGACAAUGUCAGGGACAUAAGCUUUCCUUGAGUACACAUUUGUUCGUCAAAAAAAUCUUGUUUGUCAGGCUGCACUUUGUUUGAUUCAGGAUCAAUCAAUCUUUUCUGAAGAGAAAUGAAAAGUAAAGUAUGUUAACAUGUCAGAUACUUCAACACUGUCUUAGCAAACAACUAAGAAGAAACUGAACUUCAUAUCAAAAAAACGAAGUGAAAAAUACUUCAUGGUGAAACGAAAACCCCUUCAAAUAUAUAUCACAUUAAAUUCAUGCAAAAUGGAGACCUGAUGAGAAGUUUGUAGGAAUAGAAACAAACAAUAAUAACGAUGAAACUAUGAAGGUAAAGCAUUACAGUACAGUAAUUUUAACUAUGAGCGUUUUGAUCAUUCUUAGUGUACUGAUGUAUUAGCUAAAUAUGUACACUACAAAAAAAAACAGUCAGUAUUAAAACUAUAUUUCAACAAAGCAUUUUGGAAAGUAUUCUUAGAGUUGCUGUUUCUGGGGAAUAGUGCAGGGCUGUCAACAAAGGCAGGUAGCCAGCCAAAACCGCUGGCUAGUUAGCCAUCCUUCACUGGCUACUUUCAUCUCCUCCUACCACAGGAUCUAACAAAAAAUAAGUACCAUCGAAUAAAAUUGCAAAGCAUCUGUUUCCCAGGUUUGAAUCACAUUGAAUGCAUAUUUAAACAGUAAUUAGAUCUGUGAAACAUUAGAACGGUGCAAUGUCGUGGAAGGUCUCGGACAUAACUGAGACUCUAACAAAUGCCUUUGGUGCGAGUUCCAAAGCCGCCUACUAUUAUUUUAUUAUGAGCCUGCUACUUAAAAACUUUUUGACAGCCCUGAUAUUGCACAGUAAAUAAACACUGUUGGAUAUACGCACGCAAGCGGUCCAUGACCAUCAUUUAUGCUACCUAUCCCUUAAUCAAAAAACCUACAAAUCGCCUUUUGCCGACGUUUUCACCUGAUUUGACAUUAGAUUUAGAUUUGGUUGUUUUAUGCUGAAAAGCUUGGUAUUUUGAUUACAGCUACAGUUUACAUUGUAGAGCAGUCCCCUUUUGCUAUGGCCCAAAGACUGGACACAGUGAACUCGAAUGCUGUAUUAGCCAAUGAAAUAAUUCUAAGAUGCAUUUAUGCUGUAGUAACUAAUAACAUAAGAUGUAAUAACCUGUGGUGUGUUCCUGUUUCUUUAUGAUUCGUUUUACAAGGGAUUUGAAUCAGAGAUGGUUAACAUUGCCAGUAUCAAAUGCCUGCUUGUCAAGCGAGUCGGAUGCGACGGUUACACCUCAAGAUAACUAUCUUUUAAGCUAAUACAUUGUUACUACAUGUACAUGUAAAUUAUUAUGAAAUAAUGAUUUUAUUAGCUAAUACAGCGUUUGGGUUCUCUGUGGACAAAGGAAACUGUCUGUAAUAAUGAGCUGUCCAUAAAGUGGUGCUUAAUUUCAUUUGCCAGCAGUUCUUCUUAUCUUAAUAUUCCAGAUGGUAUAUGAAACAACUUAUUAUUUGAAACUGGCUACAGUGUUGAUGGGAUGCUACAGUGUACAAUAAUACUUUGAAGGGUCUGCACUCUUAUCAAUCAUAGUCAAUGCCUCCUGUGAGCCAGCUCAUGGAUGAAUUUGAUACAUGUACAAAAGGAAAUCCAACAGUCAACAAUCAGAAAGAUGUAAUACUAUGUGACCUCAUGAUGGAACUUAACGAAAGGAAAUGUAUAUAUUUUUUUAAGUUACAUGUAUUGUCUUACCCUUUUUUAAGUUAUGUAAAUAGGUCUUCUGUUGAAGAAAAUGAAACGAUGUCAAAAUGUUUUGCUGUGCAUGCAUAAAUCAUGCAAGCAUGAAAUUGACAAAGGUUUGGAAUUGAAAACUGGACAAGUUUGUACUUGAUGUACCAAAUUUCUCAUCGGCUGAAACUAAGAGAGAAACAUUCCACUCAAAACUUUCACCAAAAUGUUUUUUGAUCUCUUACUAUGGCAAGAAAACCACAACUCUAUCACUGUCAAAAAAACAGCCAUUACUUUUUUCAUCUCAACCGGCAUUUUUGCCUCAGAGCCAAUGACAUUGCCCGAAAUAGAUCACGUGUCGUUUUAAGUAGAGCAUGCGCAGACAUUUUUCGCCGGUGAAGAGACAUAUGUUCGGUCACAGACUCUUUCGUCCGAGUCAGCAGUCGAAUAUCCCCACAUCGGACGAGGAAAGAUUCAAAUAUCCCCUCCCCUUGGAGAACAAGAUCAGUCAAAUGCCCCACCCCAGGGCCGACAAAGACAAUCAAAUCCCCACCCCAUGCCCUGCCUUCUCUCCCCCCCCUCCUUCGCCGGCUUUACAUUGAUAGGUGCAUAAAGGAACAGGGGAGCAGUAGUCAUAGAUAACCGUAUUCACAAGUGUGAAGACUGAAAUCUUAGAGCCGUAACCACUGGCUAUUCUGUACACUGUUUUACUACAAAGUGAUGUGAAGGUUAUCAAGUGCUGUUGUUGUUUUUUUUUGGUUUAUAGGGCAACGAAACAAGCACCAAUCCUAUUGCGAGCAUUUUUGCGUGGACUCAAGGUCUUCGUCACAGAGCAAGACUUGACAAGAAUGCCGAACUUAAAGCGUAUGUAUUGGUCUCAGCGUUAGUAAUCCAUAUGGUUUUAGUUCAGCAAGUACAAUACCCAGCAAAUCGUUCAAGUUCCAGUGUGUGGGAGAUUUUUUUUUCUCUUUUAGAAUGUCGUCCAUCGUACUUAAGAUUUAACAGCCACUACUUAAGAAAGGGAACGCUUUUUACCUCGUGAAUACCCGAUUUCACGACUAAUCAUAACUAUAACAAAAUUCUCAGAUCUGAUUGGCUAUCAACUGCCCUGAGGACAGUACGCGCCAUCACGCGCGCGCUUAAAUGGCUUUUUUUCACUGCUCGCAAAAAAAAUUGGCAUUUCUUCUGUUUUGAUUUAAAAAAGAGCCUUCCAUAUCACAAAUUUUGUUAAAGGUAUGAUUAAUUUGGUAACAGAACUUCGUGUCGUCCAAUUCGGUCUGUAAUCAUACUCGUGAUUAAACUAAUCGGACUCCCGCUACUCGCAUGAUUAGGUCUGUUAUACUACUACAUGAGAAAUUUCUGCAAUUUGAUUUUUCUUAGAGCAGUGGUAUUUCAGCUUAAUUUGAAAUACCUACAUGUGAAAAUUACAAACCCUUUGCGGGUAGUAGUAUAAAGAAAUAAUGGCAUGAUUUGUAAAUGAUAUUUGGCAUAAAUACCACUCAUGAUGUUUCAAAAUUGUAUCAAAUUUCACUCGCCUAACGGCUCGUGAAAUUAUGUAUAACAAUCAAUAUAACAAAUAUCAAUCGCGGUAUUUAAGCCAAAUAUCACUACAAAUCGUACUAUUACCUAUACGAAUUGGACUCCACUCGGUUCUGUUACCAUUACUUUUCGCUGUGGGAUGAGAUAUGCAAGUGAGUCACUAACUCAGGUUCGUAGGCCGGGAGCGGCUCGCUACGAAGUCCCCCGAUAUGAAAACGACAGGUCGUCGUUGUAGCCGAAGUGUACUUUGGGCAACUCCCGGCUGACGUCACCUCGCGAGAGAACCCUGGGAACGAGUUUGUCACGCUCACGUUCCGACUGUCACAUCCGCUGCAGAAGCGUCAACACUCGCUGUCCGGUCUAUCGGUUCUUUAGGUCGUGUAUACACCUAUUUCAAUUAAGGUUGCUCCUGUGAACCUUGUUUCAUAGCCUGCAGUGCACUAUGGUAAACCUUUUUGUAGCGGGAAGUUUAGUCUUGUUCCCGUUCAUUGAAAUAAUAGACCAAUAGCCCCUAUGCAUGAUUACGUCAGACGAGUAAAUUUCACCAACAAGCCUCGUUUGUGAACAAAAUUUUUUGCAUUUGCACUUUUUGUGCGUGGGUAUUCUUUUCAACUCUACUGCCUUGGGAAUUCAUUUCUGUGAAACUUCGCUUUUUUUUAAUUUCAAAACGAGGCUUGGUGGUGAAAUUUGCUUGUGUGACGUAAACAUGCAUAAGGGCUAUUGUGAAAAGGCGUUCAAGAGAGCUUUCAAGUCAAAUGGCUGCUAAAAUUCUUAAGCAUGAACGAGCCGAAAAAUUUCAUUUUUAAAAUCUCAUAGUAAAAAUUAGAAGCCUCUUCUUUUAACAACAUUAAAUGAAUAGGCCCGCCUGAUUAAGCUGCGUUUUUACAUGGGCCAGAAUGCUGGUUAUUUCAAUAAAGCAAAUCAACGCUAUUCUUUUUUUAUUAUUCAGUUUUAAAAAAAUAGCCUCAAAUUUAGUUGAACACGUAAUGUUAAACUAUUUCUUGUUGUUCAACAAACGCCUUGAAUUUGAUACUUUUAAACUCCACCCAAAAUUCCCAAGUGCACGAGCCAAGCAAACUCGUUGAAAAUUUGCAGCAUUUGCAUAUUACCUAACCUCAAAUCACUGUCUUGAAUUAAAAGCCCAGGAUUCAGUGUUUUGAAAUACAUUGUCUUAACGUUCUGCUGACCUAGCAUAGAAGUGUCAGCAGCGUUUGCUUUCUUGGUUUCUAGGCUCGUUCACUAGACUUGCUACAAUAAUGCACCGCGGGCUAUGAAACAUGGAUCAUGCAUAAUUCUUGUCUGAAGCAACCUUAAUUGAAAUAGGUGUAUACAUUGGACACUUCAAUUAGGAUUUCGCCGCAGAAAAGUACGCUCGUAUUCAAUAACCUUCAAUUUGGCCCGCGCCUUCCUAUUGGUUUACUCAAAAGAAUCACAUCGUUAUCUCGAAUAUUUAUCGAUAAUCUUUCCCGCUUAAAGUGAAUCGCAUCCUUUCAUAGCCAGAAAUCUUGGAAAUUUAUCAAGGCGUUAAAAUAUACCCAUGUACAACCUUCUGUAUGUUCCUCCAAUUGUUUUCAUUAUAAAAAAUGCAGCACAAAAGUCUGUUGCUUCUCGGGUAGUUCUAGUUCCCUGCUUAGCAUGCAGGUUUUUUGGGUGUUUUUCGUUUUUGGUUCGCAAAGUAGAUACAGCCGCGCAAUUUUAGUAGUUUUCGUUGUAUCUUUUGACGUGCCGCGCAUCGGCAUUUUAAUUACUGAGUGAAAGUAAAAUAAAGCCUGAUCUCAGAUCAGGUUACGCAUGAAUCGAGGUCAACAAAAAAUAAGGGAGGGGGCGAGGGGAUGAAGGCAGAAAACCUUGGUUUCGGGCGCCUUUGUUUAUUGUUUAUUGUUUUGUUUGCCAAAAAUUAAACAAAUCAAAUAAAAUCUAAUUACCUUAACUCUCAUGGCGAGGAAGCCCAAGAGAAGCCACCGGGCUUAUAAGGAAUGGGCUCCCUCAGUUAGAUAAUUAGAACAAAAUAUUAUCAUAAUUACAUACGGGAAAAUCAAUGGCAGAGCUACAGUAAAUCUUAAAAUAAGUAUAUUAGAUAGUCGUACUAAUCAUAGUUCUAGGCUAAAAAAAGCGAAAUGACAAAAAGAAAAAAACAAAACAAAACAAAAGAAAAUAAAAUAAAAGAGCAAAGGAAGAAAAAAAAAUACAUAUACAUAUAUAUAUAUAAAAAUUACUAUUUAUGAUAAGAGGAAUGCUUUCAGCUUACAGCAAAAGGAAGCGGUACUUGUUGCAUUUCGAAUUUCAAAACUAAGAGAGUUAAAAAAUUUAGGACCUUGGAAACUGAUGGAGAACUUUCUUAUAUUAGUCCUGCAUUGUGGUAAAUAAAAAUGCUCCGAACUGCUGAACAUCAAGCAUUUGCUUCAGUGUAGCAAUGGAGACUAAUUCUCCUUCAUCUUUAAGAGUUUCCAAGUUCAAUUCGUCCGCUGAAGCAUCAGACGAUUGAUGUUUCUUUGGUUUCCCCAUGAAAAUAAUUCCUCUGUAAAUGUUUAAACUAAGACAAAAUGCUAAUAGAAAUGUUUAAGCUAAGACAAAAAUCCAGUAAAAGAAAUGCAAAGAGAAAAACAUUACAAAUUGACGCAGCCUGUAUAUCUUACUUUACGAAUACAAACGAAAAAGCCGCCAAAAAACAGAGUAUAAUACUAAAAAGGAGUAUUGUACAGCCCCCGAAAUGAUCCCCAACCCUGAAAUGAUCCCCAUUUCUCUUCCCUAUUUAAUUUUAGCAAUGGAAUGAUAUCCUAGAACUAUGGAUCGUGCAAAAUGCACAACAUUAUAACUUAAGCUUCACUAAUGAUCUUCAGUUGCCCACGUGACAUUAAUUUGGGCUUACCCUUUGAACUGGAUUAAACGAAAAUAUUAUUUUUAAAAAAAUACACAAAGUCUAGUUAUUUUUAGUAACUGCAACUGAUAACAUCAAGAAACAUAACAUUUUUUGAAAUUAUUACUUAGGUCAUUAUAGCCCGGGUUAUAGAGAAAACUGCAUAGAUGUUAAAUUCUAAUAGUGAUGUUAAAACAGCAUGCCUUGCAUCACUUGUGAAAACUUUUAAUGUUAUCUAUUUGAUUCAAUGUCGCCUGUGUAAUCUACAAUAUAUUGGAGAAACUAAACGUCGCCUCAAAGACCGUUUUAAUGAACACUUAUACUCAACCUUACUGGCAAUUACAUCCAUACUGCAGCCUCAGAACACUUUCUAACCAGUAAUCAUUCCGACAAUCGUAUGCUUUUGCUUCCUAUUGAAAAACUUAAAAAUGGGCGUAAUUCUUUCAGGAAAGCACGUGAAGCCCACCUUAUCCAUAAAGCUAAGACAAUUGAGCCUCUGGGCAUCAAUAAACGUGAUGAACUGUCACUAUAUACAGUAUAUCUUUUAUUUUUUGUUAUCUUGUCUUUUUAAAGUAGCCACAUCAUACCACGUCAUAUUAUGUAAUUUCCGGUCAUUAUUUUACUUCAUAUAUAAAUCUGUAAUUCGUGAUAUCUCAAUAAACCUGAUGAAGACUGGUAUUGGCCAGUCGAAAUAUCGCAACUAAACUCUAUUUCACGUUGUUUGAUCAGUCCCUGCAAAAGUCUUCUUGACUGUCACGCUUUCAAUGCCUUGGAUAUUGAAUUUUAAAAAUGGUGUUUUAACACUUUUUAAAAUUUUAAAAUAAUGUUGAAGAUGCAAACGUUUACAUAAAGGCGAUUAGAUGACAAAAGCGCUAAAAAAUCACAUAAACUGUAGCGAAAUGUUAAACGCAAUUUAAGAACGUAAACGCUGCAACAGAUUUGCAAUAAUUCCGUGACGGAAUACCAUUCCAUUCCAAGAAUUAAUUGGGGAUCAUUUUUCGGGGUCGACGUGAAGAGAAAUGGGGAUCAUUUCGGGGUCGAUUUGGGGAUCAUUUCAGGGUUGGGGAUCAUUUCGGGGUCGGGAUCAUUUCGGGGGCUGUACAGUGUCCAAAAAUAUCGUAGCUGGAUUACAAAGGCUGAACUCCGCAGUGGCUUUUUUCAGAAAAUGAAGUCGUGAAUACGCGCGCGAAGGGUGUUUUGACAGGCACAUGAUCAAUCAAAUACUAUAUUUUAUCGCAUGAAUAUUUGUUUUAAAACAAUGCAUUCACGAGUUGCCCCCAGUUUUUACUUUGGUUGGCUGAAAACAUUGUUUUGAUCGACAAUGUCGAACUACCAUUUUGGAGGCUGGUUGGAUACAUUGCAAGACGCAACCUGUAGUACAGUCAAGAACUAAGCAAUGUCACUUUUUUUAGAUUUUGCAAAGCUUUGGAGAAGGCAUGUGUGGCAACCGUGGAUUCUGGUGACAUGACUAAAGAUCUUGCUGCUUGUAUUUAUGGACUUAGCAAGUACGUUUAUAUCCUCAUUUCUUAAGCAAUUCAAGUUUUGGUUGCCUAAAAACUUACCAGCCUGUGAUAAACAUGUUUUUAGUGCGUGUGUUUGAGGGAAGGAAGCGGGGAAAAUAGACGUGCCAGUUUGUAUCAAGAUAAAGCGUUCAGUUUUACAAAAUGCUUGAAGGACCUGAAGAUUUCGCUCCUAUAUAAGAGUGUGAGCAGCAUAAAUGAUCGCUUUCGCAUUAACCCUUCAGGUUAAAUAGCCCGCCUCUUUCCCGGUCAUGCUCUCUUGUCAAAUGAACCACCUGUCCACGAUUCUCAUUUUAAAAACACAUUUAUAUUUUUAUAUUUUUCAGCGUAAAGCGAGAUCAGUACUGCUCAACUGAAGAAUACUUCGAUGCUGUUGAUAAGAAACUCCUGGAGCUUUAUCAGCCCUCCUGAUAGAAUGUAACGAGUGUUGAAUUGAGAAUUAGAAUUACCGAGUGAUGCAUAUUGUUGGUUACUUGAACCAUUUGUCAAUGAGUAGUGAAAGUUCACACUAUGAAACACUGUCUUUUAGUUCUUUUCGCUCAAACCUGUAAAUGGACUGCUUUUUAUAUAGCCUGCGAACAAUGUAGGUGUAUGCAUAUAUAAUAUGCCACACGGACGUGAUCAUGGCUUCAUCCUGGAACUGAAAGACAAGUUGCCAGGACAAGUCAGUGUGCUUAGCGUGUAGUUAGGUUUUUGCAAUUAUCUUGAUCACAUUUAAUUGUUUCAGUAUUGUACUGUUACUAACAGUAAGCAGUAAAAAGUAGAGUGUGCUUUACGAACUGUUUAUCGAAAUAAAGCCAACAUCAUUUCAAACAACUGCGUGAACUUGACUGAUUUGUACAUUGGAGACUGGAGGCAG